GAAAUGUUUGAAGUAAACCAGACAACAGUCACUGAGUUUGAAUUUCUUGGAUUUCAAAAUAUAAAGACCAUCAACACUGUACUGUUUCUUCUUUUCCUUGUAAUCUAUAUGUCGACUUUAACUGGGAAUCUGCUUAUUAUUUUAUUGGUGGCCCAUGUUCCCAGUUUAAAAUCUCCCAUGUAUUUCUUCCUCACUCAGUUAUCUUUAUCUGACAUCUUACUCACCACAAAUAUAGUUCCUAACUUGCUACAUAUAAUAAUUAAUGAAAGAAACAAAAUAUCUUUUGCUAGCUGUAUCACACAAUUUUAUUUUUAUGGUGUUUCUGCAGCUGCAGAGAGUCUUCUUCUUGCGACAAUGUCCUAUGACCGAUAUUUAGCCAUCUGUGACCCGCUGCAUUAUAUCUCUAUCAUGGAUCUCAAGCUUCGUCUCAAGCUGGUUCUAUUGAGUUGGACUUUAGCAUGUUUGGUUAUGUUAUUUACUGUGUGUCUAAUAUGUAAUGUAACAUUCUGUGGUCCACACAUAAUUGAUCAUUAUUUUUGUGAUAUUGCACCUAUUUUAGAGUUGUCUUGUUCAGACCAUUCAAUUAUUGACCUUUCAUAUUUUACUUUGGCCAUACUUUUUGCUCUAAUUCCUUUUUUUUUAAUUCUUUUCACCUAUAUCUCAAUUUUUAUCACCAUCUCUCAAAUUUCUUCCAGCAACGGGAAACAGAAAUCCUUCUCCACUUGCAGUUCUCACUUAAUGGUAGUGAGUACGUACUACGGGACUCUAAUAACUAUCUAUAUGGUACCCUCCAAAGGACAGUCAUAUAAUGUCAAUAAAGUUAUAUCCCUUUUAUAUACUGUGGGAACUCCAUUUUGCAACCCAAUUAUAUACAGUCUUAGAAAUCAGGAAAUAAAGAAUGCAAUGAAAUAUAAUAUACAAUGCCUCCACUGAUGCUGAGAAAAACCUUCUUCUUGCAUCAUCGUCUAUUAGCAAAUGAAUUUAAAUUGCAAAUUUUAUUUGCUAUUUUAAAUUUCACUAUAUAUAAGCUGAUAUUGUAUGCAAAGGGUUUCAAAACACCUUUUAACCUAAAAUGAUACUGCACGCCUUAAAACCAACUUAAUGACGCUAAUAAUAAUAAUAAUUAACAGAACAGGAGAUAAGCAAUUUUAGAUUAAGCAGAUUAUGGAAUACAGGAACCUAAAACAUCUAGGUUAUUAUUUUCAUUAUGUUUCAGGAAGUAUUUAGAAAGAAAAUGCAAGUCACAUGCAAGGUGGUUUGACUAGGGCUACAUAAACAAAGUGAUUUACCUCCAAGAUAGCAGAGAAUUGAGCAGUAAGACUGCAGAGGCAUGAGCUAAACAUACAAUAACAGUAAGAGCACAUUGAUUUGUUUUCUUGUAGGCCAAGCAAUCAGAGCAUUCUUAGUGACAUUACAGAGUAUAGGAAAGUUUCUACAGGGGAUUUCCAUGAUAUGAGAGCAUUUUCUGUGGCGAACCCUAAAGAGGUAAAAAGGAUUAAUUUUAUUGCUUGUUUUUUUCAAUUUUCCAUAUUUUGUUUUUGCAGGAUGAUGGAAAUGUCUUUUUACUUUUUGGGAGCUACAUAUAUUAGUUAGAAGAAAGAAAACUUCAGUAAUGACUGCCCAGUCGCUAGUUUUAACACGUUGGUAAACAACCACCCUAUAUUAAUAUAAAGCAUUUGGCACCGGGGGCGGAUCCUGUGUCCUGCCUCGCCCCUCCUACAAAACCUCUGUCCUGCCCCUUCUACAAAUCCUGUACUGCCCCGUCUACAAAACCCCCGCAACCCCCUUCCACAAAUCCCCUGCUUAUCCCCCCUUAUUAAGACUGCUGUCCCAAUACAAAACCCCCGUCCCCUUCUACAAAAUCCCUGCAGCCCCACACACACAUUUACAGGCAGACAGUCACACACUCAGUUACAGACAGAUAGUCACACACUCAGUUACAGGCAGACUGUUACACACUCAGUUACAGGCAGACAGUCACACGCACACACACAUACACACACAGUUACAGGCAUACAGUUACACACAGAGACACACACAGUUACAGUCUCACACACACACACACAUGUCAAUCUCUCCCCUCCCUCCAAUUCCCUUCUCCCCCUCCCAAUUUUUUUCUUUAUCCCCCAAUCUUUCCUUCUACCCAUCCCAAUUUCUUUCUUUAUCCCCCCUCCAAAUUUCUUUCUUUAUCCCCCUCUCAAUCUUCUUUCUUUCAGUGGGUAAGGGACAUAUCAAGCCCCGCCCCCAGUUCCAGUCUGGUCCCCCGAUUUUGCUUAGCUCCGCCCCACUUUUCCUCCGUGCGGCCAUUUUAUCAGCUGUUUGCUUGUGUGAGCUGUACUGGCCGCACGGCACCCUAACUACCAUGGGGCACUGUGCGGCCACAGCUCACACAGCUCCCUCCACCCAGGGCCGGUGCAAGGAUUUUUGCCGCCCUAGGCAAAAGUAAAGUUUGCCCCCCCAUGUGAUAUCACAAUGCCCCACCCAUAUGAUUUGCCAUGUUAACUAACGCCAGUGCUGCAGUGCCGCCGUGUUUACAUUAAAAGGCCUGCAGGGACAGGCUAUAGACACCAGAACCACUACAUUAAGCUGCAGUGGUUCUGGGGACUAUAGUGUUUCUUUAAUGUGAGGUAAAUUAGAGAUUAGUGCCACGAAAAAUAUACUAGAUUGGCUACUUACAACCAGACGAGGAUGAUGAUGGGCUCUAGCUGCAGUCUGGCUCCACUUUAGAACAGGCUCUCUGGAGGCGGUUUGUAACUGUGGUCACAAAAAUCAAUGUUCUGGGAAGCAGCUCCAUAUUUUGGGGGCCCUUUACACAGCUCAAAGUCUGGGUCACAGGGUCCACCUUCAUGUUCCACCAAUGAGUUUGUUCACAGGGGGUGGAGUGUGUAGGGGAUGUCCUCAUAUGUGUGUAAGGAAUGCAUUGUGUGAAUCUGUGUUUGUAUGUGUAAGGGCUGCAAGGUGUGUUUCUGUGUAUGUACGGGAUGCAUUGAGUGUGUGUAAGGGGUGCAUUUAGUGUGUGUAAUGAAUGCAUUGUGUGUUAGGGAUGCAUUGUGUGUAAUGGUUGCAUUGCUUGUGUAUGUGUGUUUGUGUGUGUAAUGCAGUGUGUGUAAUGCAUUGUGUGUUUUCUGUGUGCAAGGGGUGCAUUGUGUGUGAUGAAUGUCAAUCUCUCCCCUCCUUCCAAUUUCCUUCUCCCCCUCCCAAUUUUUUUCUUUAUCCCCCCAAUCUUUCCUUCUACCCAUCCCAAUUUCUUUCUUUAUCCCCCCCUCCAAAUUUAUUUCUUUAUCCCCCCUCCCAAUUUCUUUAUUUAUCCCCCUCCUCAAUCUUUCUUUCUCCCCCCAAUCUUUCUUUCUCCCCUCCCAAUUUCUCCCCCCCCAAUUUCUCCCCCCUCCCAAUUUCUUUCUCCUCCCCUCCUACCACUGUUGUAGCGUGGCCGAGCCCUGUAUCAUGGUCCGCGGGUACAGGGAGCUUUUGUUUCCUGUACCCAGCCGGACUAACAGGAAGUGAACACUCAGUGUGCACUUCCUGUUAGUCCGGCCAGGUACAGGAGACAGAUGCUCCCUGUACCCACAGACCAUGAUACAGGGCUCGGCCACGCUACAGUGAAUGAGUGACAGGAGGGAGUGCUGAGCGCUGAGCACUGAGCGCUUCCCUCCUGUCAGCCCCUCUCCUCAUGCUGCGCACGGGCGGGCAAAGCUGCAGCUGCCUGAGGCUCUCUACAGAGAGCUCGGGCGGCUGCAGCAUGAAGGGGGCCGGUGCUCCUGGCCUCCCCCCCCUCCCAAGGCACCUCCCACCCUGGUGGCACCUGGGGCGGACCGCCCCCUCCAGCCCCCCCCUUAGUAUGCCACUGAUAUGGGGUCUCAUUGACAUCAACAGGUUGUUAUUUAAUAUAUAGUUUAAAAAUAUACAGUAUCUCACAAAAGUGAGUUCACCCCUGACAUUUUUGUAAAUCAUUUAUUAUAUCUUUUCAUGUGACAACACUGAAGAAAUGACACUGUACUACAAUGUAAAGUAGUAGGUGUACAGCCUGUAUAACAGUGUACAUUUGCUGUCCCCUCAAAAUAACACACAGCCAAUAACGCCUGAACCAUUGGCAACAAAAGUGAGUACACCUCUUAUGGGUCGGAUCCGCGCAUUGUUUUUGAGAUGGAAAUGACAGGAUUUGGUGAUAGACUGAACAUGAGGCUGGAAGGAGAGAUCGGAGUCAAAGAGAACACCUAGGCAGCGAGCCUACAUGGUAUAGCUGAUGGUAGCACUGUUGACCUGGAUGUCACUGGAAAAGAUAGAAUGAAAUAUUUUUAAAAAUGUGAGGGGUGUACUCACUUUUGUGAUAUAUAUAUAUAUAUAUAUAUAUAUAUAUAUAUAUGUAUAUAUAUGUAUGUUUUGAAACUAUAUGAUGUGAGUGUUGGCUAUUAAAGGCUUGCCAACCACCACUUUACUAACCCUCGCACUGCAGUGCAUUAUUUAAAUAUUUGUCCACUGGCUACUAGUAAUGUCAGUGGACAAAUAGUACUUACAAUGAUUGUUUACUUGCAUGAAAGCACGUGAACUAUAAUUUGAAAAGGGAAUCCUUUGGGACGUAUUUGGUACCCAUUUGUUGCACUUUCUGAAUGCUAUGAAUGCUAUAUUUUGCAUUGGAUUUGGAAGUGAAAGCACUGAUAUUAAUCCAGACACAUAAUGCAUCCAGGAGAUUGCUGCACUGAAUUCUGACUGUAUUUGGCUUUAGUAAAUAUCAGAAUUACCAUUAUCAUUGGAAUUUGGUAACUUUCACUGGAUUUGGCCCAUUUUAAAAGAAAUCAUAUAAAUACUAAAAUAACCUGCAAGGAGCCAAUAUGCAAAAAUGAAAUUUGAUUUCCUAAUCUAGAAAUAGAAAAGCAAUAGUCAAAGUUAGCAAGAUCAAUCCCAAUAGUUUUAUUAAUACUUUAAUGGAAGAAGAAAUUAAAGUGUUGGGCCUUUGAGAUCUGAAAUAAGCAAUUUAAGUAAUAAGGAUCAUGAAUAGGAAACAUUUAAAACUUUUAAAUACUUUUCAUUAACUGUACAGUGAAGAAGAACCUAUAACCAAAGCUAUGCUAAAACACGCCGCAGUUAAAGAAGACUUAAAAACAAACAUGAUUUGCUGGCACAUGAUAUACUACUAAAACAAAUAAUGAAAGUAGCAGUUAAUGUGAACAAAGAAUGAAAAAAAAAAAACUGAUAUGUUUUAGCAGUUCUGCAAAAAUAAAUGCAAUGUGAAAUAAUAAAAACAAGAGUAAAAAUCAAAAUGUGAAUGUGCCACCUUAAUAAAAAGUGUAUAAGAAAGUGCACCACACAAAUCGUAUACCUGUAAUAUUGUAAACAAUAUAUUUGUCAAACAAUUUAAAAAUACAGACUUCUCACCAAUAUGAGAGAUCGUUCUGGGAGAAUAAAGGAUAAUCACUAGGAUUGAGAGGCACGUUUAGGUGACAAUCCGGUUAGUUUGAAUAUUAUAGGGAAAAUCCAGAAGGUUUGUUAAAGUCCAAUGCAGUUUGGUAACAGUAAAUCAGUCCAUAUGAAUAUCCAGUAGAAGAUUCAAAUCUAGUCCAUUUUGGCAACAGUAAAUCAGUACAUAGGAAUAACCAGGAAAAGGGUCAAAUCCUGUCCGGUUUGGCAACAGUAAGUCAGUCCAUAGGAAUAUCCAAGAGAAGGGUCAAAUCCAAUCCAGUCUGGCAACAAAUAAUAAGCAAAGUAAGGAGAGUCCAAGAGAAGUGUCAAAGUCCAAUCCGGGUCGGUAAUAAGUAAUAAGCAAAUAAUUUUAACUGGGAAUUAACUUUGAGGGAAAUUUGAAGUCAUUGGGACUUGUUAGAAAGGUACCUGUAGCAGAGUAAAUAGGUGUCAAAUGCACAUGGCUAGAGACACAUUAAUUGUGCACUGGGACACUAAAGUUGAAGGUUUAAAUAGGUGGAUCCAUGAACUUCAAUUAGACUCUAAAAGUGAUAGAUCGGAAAGUGAAGUGAACCAUGUAAAUGAACUUUUACACACUCCCACCCCAAAGAGCUACCUCUGGAAGCUACGAAGUUUAAAGGGAUAAUUGUUGGAAAGCGUCCAACAACUCAGGGCAUGUAUGUUAAAAUGAGGAACCCAUUGAUUGUGUGAGUCAUCAUACCCUUUCCACGCAACAGGAUAUAUUCAAGUCUACGAUAAUGAAUUUUAGAAUCCAAUAUCUCCUUAAUUUCGUAUUACUCCUCAUCAUUCACAAUAAUUGGUUGGGGAGGAGGAAUGGUCGGUGAAGUAUCAUCAGAAAGAUAGGACUUUAAAAGUGUUGAAUGGAAUACAGGAUGAAUUCUUAGAUGUUGACGAAGUUGAAGUUUGAAUGACACUUCAUUCAUUUGGUCACGAAUUUCAAAAGGACACAAUAAUGUGGGAGAUAGUUUUUUAGAUAGUGUUUGAAGUUUGAGAAAUUUUGUAGAAAGAAGGACCUUAUCACCAAUUUGAAAAUAAGGAUUAUCUUUUCUUUUAAGGUCAGCAAAAUGUUUAUACCUUUCUUUUGAGAGUAAAAGGUUUUCUUUUAAUUUGAUAUGAGUUUCUUUGAUGUUAGAUACGUAAUUGGUUAAAUCAGGAAUUUUAUCAAGAUUACAUUUUAGAGGUAAGAAUUUAGGGUUAUAGCCAUACUUGUAAUAGAAAGUGAAGAAUUUUUUUAGACUUUUGAAUAUUAUUAUUGUAUGAAAAUUCAGCGACAGUUAAUAGGGAAGUCCAAUUAUCCUGUUGGUGAGUGGUGUAAAUACAGAGAUAUUGUUCCAAGAUACCGUUUAAUCUCUUACUUUGCCCAUUUGUUUGGGGAUGAAAAGCAGUGGAUAAUUUGUAGAUUUUUUGUAAAUUCUCUCCAGAAGAGAGAAGUAAAUUGAACUCCCCUAUCUGUAAUAAUCUCAUCAGGAAUUCCGUGAAGACAGACAUAUUCAUUUAUGAAAAUUUUAGCAAGUGAAGAUGCAGAGGGAAUGGAAAGGGAAUGAAAUGAACCAUCUUUGUGAGAUGGUCUACGAUAUAAAGUAUACAAGUAUUACCCUCUGACAAAGGGAGGUCAACAAUAAAAUCCAUACUUAUGGAAGACCAUGGACUUAGAGGAGUUGGGAGAGGUUGUAAUAUGCCAAAGUGAGGAGUGGAAGGUUUUUUUCUUCCUUUGUUUGUCUUCACAAGUUUUUACAUAAUUGUCAAUGUUUUUGUUGGAUUUGGGCCACCAGAAAUAUUGUUUACAUAAUUGAAUUGUUUUGUUGAUUAUUUACCAUUUUUAUUAUCUGAAUGGUGAUAUGAAAUAGCUGUAUAGCAAAGCUACAAAUAUUUAAAAAGUAUAAUAAUUUAUUGCAGAAAAAUAAACAAAUAAAUGCAUCAACAGUACAGCUGCUUACAAGAUAAGAGAAAGUGAGCUUAUGCAGUUUCCAGAUACCGCUACUCACACAAGCCUCUAUAUCUCUAACACUGCCGACCCGGUCUGAGCAUGGGUAAGGGAUUCCAGUGACUUGGUGUUGGUCUAUGAGCCUUUUCUGCUCCUCAAUCAGCAAACAGCUGUAGUAAGUUACAAAGCUUCCAGUGGUAAAUUUGCGGGAUUCAAGGUCCGCCCACAGCGUGACGUCAGUGCGUCGUGCGUCUAUGCGUUUUGCCAUCCGGCUUCGUCAGGACAUAGGCGAGUAUCGGCCAUUGAGAAACAGGGCAAAUUUUAAGAGCAGAUUAUGUCCUACCCUUAUAAUUUGAUUGGAUAAUCAUAUAGUCUCUCAUUAACAUAUGUUACAGCCUACAAGUGAUAGUAUAUCGAUACAAUAGAGAUAAAAACAAUUCUAUACAAAUUUAAUAAGCAAAUGCAGACUAUUGAAUAAUAAAAGGUAAUAAUUAGACACAUGCACCCUAAUAGAGCAUACUUUAUAGUGAGGACAUACUUGGCAAAUAAAAUCUUAAGCUAGAAAGAGAAGAAAGAAUUAUAUGAAUAUUAUAUUAUGGUUAAAACUGUGUCCAAACAUAAUAAACAUUUAAUAAAGAACAAAGUAAGUGUAUUACUAGAUAAAUGAUUGGUAAGAAAAUUAGCAAAUACCAAAUAUAGUAGUAUAGCAGCUGGGGCAUUAAAGAGAAUAUAAAUUGAGGCUAGAUAAUAUAUAAUAAAAAAUGGUAACAAAAUCAUUACUAAAAAUAAGAUAUAUUUAAAAAAGAAUAUAUUAUAAAACCAGAAAAAUGCUAUAUAGAAAUGAAGAUAAUAACUAUAAGAAAAGGAAUAUAACUGGAGUGCAUACGUGGGUAGUGGUCAUAGACCCAUGGUGCAAGUAAAGUAAAAAUGUAAAUAUAAAUACUUAAUAUUGCUCAGAAGAGGUUCCAUGAAGAAUCAUGUUAAUAAAGAAAAAAAUCAAAAGGUAUAAAAAAAAAAAUAGUUAAAUGAUAUAAACCCUAAUUCAUAAAAUGACAAAGCUCAAAAUCUCUAUUGAGUCCAUGUGGAAUUAGAGUGUUAAAUUCAAAAAUAUAUUUCAUGUCUACCUGCCCCAGCUUAUUGAUGUAGUCGAAAAAAGGCAAAGGGUAUUAGCGCUUAUAUAAAGAUAUUACAUUUUUAAGAGUAUAUCUCCAAAAAGUAUAUUUAAUAAUAGCAGCUGACACCAAGAAGUGUGACUUCUCCACAAACACCAACAAGAUAUAAAAGAUUCAGAAGUGUAGCACUUUUAAAUAUGAAAGGUUUACCUUAAUAACAGUGGUUAUGGUAGUUUUACAAAGUUAACAUUUUUCAGACCUAAAAUAGACACAAAUAAUACCAUAUGGUGCAGUUUAUAAAUAAAAAUAUAGUAAUGAUAAAAUGGAGUUUAUAAAUAAAACACUCACAAACAGGGAGCUAUAAAACCUAGCUCCGGUGUGGAUCGCUUCUGGGUCAGUUUAGGUGACCCACCCCUAUCUGGAAUGUGUGUUCCGUCGUAAGGGAAAGUAUAUAAACACACAAUUCCAGAUAGGGGUGGGUCACCUAAACGGUCUGAAAAAUUGUAACUUCGUAAAACUACCAUAACCACUGUUAUUAAGGUAAACCUUUCGUAUUUAAAAGCGCUAACCUUCUGAAUCUUUUAUAUUAUUGAUGUGGUCGCCAUCUCUCCAAUCAUAGUUCACCUUUUGAAUGCCUUUAAACUGCAGAAGCAAGGGAGAAGCAUUGUGGUGAUCCUUAAAGUGAAAGGAUACCUGCUGUUUCUCAAAUUUACGUUUUAUGUUGUAUACAUGCUCCGCUACUCUCGUGCGUAAAGGUUUAGUAGUGCACCCGAUGUAAUUGAGGCCAUGCAGGCAUGUGAGCAUGUACACAACUCCACUAGAGUGACAAGUAAUGCACUCUCUGAUAAUGUAGUUCUGGCCAUUAACUACAUAUUGUGUGAUAUGGCAUCUUUGGAGUUCGUGAUCUGGCAUCCCCUGCAUCUACCACAGCCAAAUAAGCUGUUAUAUUGAGCUAGGAAGUUGCCUUUAUUCUCCUCUUUAUUUUUUACAAGAAUACCAUCAGUGAAGGCUCUUUUUAAGUUUGGUAAACCUCUGUGUACAAUUUUUUUGGGGGAAAGGUAAAAUCUCCUUAAGUAUUGGAUCAUUCAACAACAAAUGUCAAUGUUCCUAACUCUAGCGUUGUGGUUGCCAAAAACUUGGCAGAUGAAAGGGACUUGGUCUACUUGAUUAUUCAGGUCUUUUAUUUUGUAUAUUAGUGGAUCUUCUCUUUCAAUAUUAUCUACAGAAUUUAAUGCCUUUUGUAAAAGAUGAUCAUUGUGGCCCCUUUCUAUAAACUCUUUUGUAAUUGUUUGUCCUUGGUUCAUAAAGGAUUCUCUUUCCAUACAGUUACGUUUAAGUCUGAUAAACUGACUCUUUGGUACGUUAUGGAGCCAUGGGCUAAAAUUACAGGUGUUUUUUUUUUUCAAUGUAACUAUUUACAGUAACGCUUUAAAAAAGGUUUCAGUUUUAAUUAUAUUGUCUUGUAUGUAGAUGGACAGAUCUAAAAAAUCUAGCAUUGGGUUGUCGAAGAAUAGGGCCACAUAUGAAUCUGUUUUUUAAUGAUUCAAUAGAAUCAUGUUCCCUUUCCCCCAAAUGAAAUGGUUGAUCUUGUUAAGUAUAGUUUGUUAGAGGAGAAACGAUGUGAGAAUGUUUUUAAUACAUUUUCUAUAGAAAUUAGAAAAUCCAAUAAAACAUUGAAUCUCUUUUUGGGAUUUAGGUUGGGGCCAAUUUGUGGUAACUUCAACUUUUUGGAGAUCCAUACGGAUAGAAGAAUCAGCUAUUAUGUAGCCCAAAAAAGGAAUUUCACUUUUUUCAAAAAGAUACUUUUUGGGUUUUGGCAAACAACUUAUGAACUCUAAUGGGUUGGAGUACCUUUUUUACUUGUUUGGUAUGUACUUCUUUAUCUUGUAAAAAAUAUAAGGAUGUCAUCUAAAUAAACAACGAUAAAAUCAUCUAAGAAAUCCCUGAAAAUAUCUUGAAUUAAAUUUUGGAAGGAGGAAGGAGGUAGGAGCAUUACAAAGGCUGACUGGCAUCACUAAGUACUCAAACUUACCAUACCUCAUUCUAAAUGCUGUUUUCCAUUAAUCUCCUGGGAGAAGGAAUUAAAUUUAGUGAUACCCCUUAAUGAUUGGCUAGCCUCCUUAAUUAAUAUAAACAAAUAUAUACACUGUUUAAAUCUGACUGAAUGCCACUUUAAGGUUGUACACAGAUGGUAUUUUACUCCAACAAGACUGACAAGAAUGUAUGAAACAUACGAUUCUACUUGCUGGAGAUGUGGCUCGUACCCGGGCACAUAUAUUCAUAUAUGGUGGGACUGUCCACUAGUUAAUCCGCUUUGGGUAUGGGAAUUUAAUAUCUUUUAUAUAGUUACACUUAUUAAACUCAAUAAAAAUCCGGCCAUCGCCCUUUUACACUUGAAUUGGCAAUUAGUCACAUGAAUAUAUCUGUUUUGCUAUUCACUGCUUUGUUGCAGUCAAAAUCAUUAUUGCCAGGCAAUGGAAGACCUAAUUUAUUUCAGAAAUCCUGUUUGAUUGACCAAAUUAUAUUUCAAUUAACAAUGAAAAAAGAGAUUAUAACUAAUACUACUGUUUUUUUGUUUUUUUUUAAAGUGUAUGGUACUCCAACUGGCUUCAAAAACUUUCCAAUAUUACAUUGUAAUAUAUUUUUGUUUCAGUGUUUUUUUUUGUUUUUUUUUCUCCCAACCACAUAAAAAUAUAUAAUAAUAACUAUGGUCUCAAUCGGGUCCCUUUUUCUUUGUACUUUUUUGUACUGUUAUACGGUAAUAAGCUCUGUAUCCAUUAGGCUUUGAUAUAUUAUUAGGAAAUUCCUCCUGCUCUGUAUAGGUGGUGGAUUAUUUCUGGUGUCUUGGUUUAGUCUCUGUGUGUAUUCAAUUUAUCUUGUAUAAAUAAGAAGAUUGUCCUUAUCAUAUUAACCGAAUACUAUUGUAUUGUUAUUUGUCUAUUAAUUAUGAUAUAGUGAAAAAUCUCUAAUAAAAAUUUAUUAUAUAAAAAAAAAAUCUCUGGCUCUUAUACGGAGAAGGUUAUAGGCUUCCCAGAGGUCUAGUUUGGUAAAUAUUUUAGCAUUUUUGAUUCUCUCCAAAAUUUCACGGAUUAGUGGGAGUGGGUAACAGUUCUUUAUGGUUAUUUUAUUUAAUUGUCGGUAAUCAAUUAUUGGUCUUAUGGUUCCAUCUUUACUGGUAACAAAAAAAAAAAAUACCUGCUCUGUGUGAAUCCUUUUGCUAAGUUAGUAUCAAGGUAGUCAAGGAGGGUUUUAAGUUCCGGUUCUGAUUGAGGCUAUGUAUGAUUAAAAGGAAUUUUUUUAUCCUUCCAAUAAAUCAAUAGUACAAUCAUAUGGUCUUGAGGGGGGUAAUGUAGAGGUUUCUUUUUUUUUUUUACAAAAAAAUGCUUGAAAUUCCAAAUACAUUGUUUUUUUACAAUUAGAAUUACAAAAAAAUUGAAUUAAAGACAAUAGAAUUAUUAGACCAAUCGAUGGAGGGAUUAUGUUUAAGAAGCCAAGGAAGGCCAAGAGCUAUGUCAAAAAUUGAAGAAGAAACAAGAUCAAAGGAUAUUUCUUUGGAAUGAAAAUCCCCUUUAUUGUUUAUAUUAACACUAGAGGUUUUAGCUAACAGAAUCAGAAAUAAUGAAAAGAUUAAGGGUGUUACAGCAAAACAGAAAGAAAUGAAAAUAUCCCUUUAUGCCGACGAUACUAUUCUUUUUUGAAAUCAUCAAGAUCAAUAACAAAUGCAAUGUCAGAAAUUGAUAUAUAUAGUGCAGUAUCAAAUUAUAAAUUAAAUAAAACAAAAUCAACUGCCAUAUAUAUGAAUAUGACAAAGCAAGAAAUAGAUUCUUAUCAAGAAACAUAUGGUUUUAUUAAAGCCAAAACGUUUUUGUAUUUGGGAAUCAAAAUUUGCAGAAAGGUAGAAAGUAUUAUGAGAAUAAAUUUUAUGGAUCUCCUUAAAGAGACUAACAAGAAUUUGAAAGAAUGGAGAAAACUAGAAGUAUCUUGGGGAGGAAGAAUAAAUAUUUUGAAAUCAUAUGUUCUACCAAAAUGGAUUUACUUGUUCAGAAUGCUUCCGUUAGAAAUUCCGAAUGCAUGGCUGACAAUGAUUAAUAAGGCUUUUUGGAUUUUGUAUGGCAAGGAAAAAAACCUAGAGUUAAAAAUGGAGUUUUAGCAAGAGGAAUAAAGAAGGGAGGUCUAGGAUUUCCAAAUAUAAGAAAAUAUUAUGAAGCAGGAAUUAUUACGCAUGUUAUGGCUAGUCAAUUGAUACAAAACAAAGAGGAAGUAUGGUGGUGGUUGGAACUAGAUUAUAGCCAACUAAGAAGUAAAUUAGAAGUCGUCUGGAGUACAAAAAAACGUAAUCUGCCCAGAUCAUAUGUUUUAGGACAGAUUAUUCCUAUUUGGCAAAAAAAUAAGGAAAAAAAUAGGUUUGGUAAAUAAGAUAUUUGGCUUUCAAAAUUUAGAAAUAAUAGAAUUAAAUAUGGAGAGUAUAUCCUUAAAAUUAUGGAAAGAAAAAGGAAUAAAUACUUUGGAGGAUCUAUUUGAAGGAAAUAAAAUUAAAUCUUAUAAAAAGUUAGUUGAGGAAUUUAAGUUCCCUGACAAAGAUAUUUUUACUUAUUAUAGAGUAAAACAUUACUUGGAGAAAGUUGAGGUAGUAAAAGAAGGUAAGAUGUAUGAUAUUUUAAAAACAAUCUUACAUCAGAAUAAGACAAAGCAAUUGUUCUCCAGAUGUGUUAGAUUGUUGGAUUUAAUGGAUGAUUCUGUUCUGCCCACUGCCAUUAAAAAAUGGAACACUGAAUUAAAAAUAAAUAUUGAAUUAUUUGAAUGGCUAUGUACGGCACAAAAAAUUAACAAAUAUGUCCACUCCUUUGUAUUGAUAGAAACACAUUUUAAGUUGGUUAAUCAAUGGUAUAUGACGCCAACAAAAAUAGCUAAAUUUGAUGUAUCAAGGGAUAUUAAAUGUUGGAAAUGCAGGGAGGAAAAGGGAAAUUAUAUCCAUAUGUGGUGGUCAUGUAAACAAGUGAUUGGUAUAUGGCGGUGGGCUCAAAUUAUCAUUCAUACAUUGUGUGAUGUUAAAAUGCCUUUAAAACCUGAAGUAAUGUUAUUACAUUAUAAAUGGCCAAAAUUGAAUAAAAUAAAUCAAUUUUUAAUUAUUCAUUGUCUAAUGGCAUGUAAAAUAAUAAUAGCAAGAAAUUGGAAGGGAGAUAUCCCCUUUAACAUAAAAUUAAUAACAAUUCAGUUGGUUUACCAACUAAAAAUGGAGAAAGAUCAUUGCAAACUUUUGAGGGAUGAUUUGAGCCUAUGGGAAAAAUUGGAGAAAAAAUUAUUACAACUGUAAAAGGAAUGUCAUUUGAAAAAGUUGGAAAAAGUUUGAAGUCUGUAGAACUCUCGUGGGGUGGUGGAAAGUUUUUUUUGUGUUUUUUUUUUUUAUCUGUUUUUAUGUGGAUGAAUGUAUUUUAAUUAUUCUUUUGUAAAAUGUAUUUAUGGUGGAAAAUCUGCUAAUAAAAAGACAAUAAAAAAAAAAAAAAGAAUUACAAAAAAAUUGAAUUAAAGACAAUAGAAUUAUUAGACCAAUCGAUGGAGGGAUUAUGUUUAAGAAGCCAAGGAAGGCCAAGAGCUAUGUCAAAAAUUGAAGAAGAAACAAGAUCAAAGGAUAUUUCUUUGGAAUGAAAAUCAUUGAUCGUUGAUGAAAGUGUGGUAGUUUGAUAUACAAUUGAACCAUAUGAAGAGACAGAACCAUCAAAAAGAAUAAUUUGAGAGGAAGGUGUUUUCUUAGAAAAAGGAAUAUUUAAUGUAUCUACUAAUUUUUGGUUAAUAAAACAACCAUUGGCUCCCGAGUCAAUUACAGCUGGAAGGUUGUUUAUUUUUCCAUUAACAAGAAUUGAAAAGUUAAUUGAAAAAUGAUGAAUUGAAAUAUAAUAAAUGGAAGAAACAAGCAUGGUGGAUUUACCAAUCUUGUUUCAUUUAAUGAGGGGACAAUCAGGGAGUUGAUGAGAGGAGGAGGCACAAUAUAUACAUACAAUAAGUGUCUUCCUUUUUAAUUUUUCUUCGGCUAUUAAUGGUUUCCUGUAAAUACCAAUCUCCAUAGGUUCAGGUUUAGGGUUAAUUGUAGAAGAUGAAGAAUUGUUUGAAGAAUAAGGCAGUCUGUAAUAUAGAGAACUUAUAUACAAUAAGGGUGCAAAAUCACCAAAGUGGUACAAGUGGCAGAACCAUAAGACAAUUAAAAAUUAGAAUCACUGAACAUAUUAGGAACAUAAAAAAGGGGUGUUUCCUUACAUUUCAAACAAAUUCACAAUCAGAACCCAGAAGGCCUAUUUUUUGUGUGCUAUUAAAGAGGUAAAAAAAGAUUGGAGAGGAGGAAAUUAUGUGAAAAAAAUAGGUAAAAAGGUAAAAUUAGGAGAUGAAAUUUAUAUACAAUCUUAAAACUCUUAUCCCUUAUGGUCUAAAUGCCAAUUUUGAGGUCUCUCAUUUUAUAAUUUAGCCAUUUUUAACUUACUAAUAAAGACUAAUAACUCCCUGAAAACAGUGCUUAUUUGAAGAUUGGGGGGGGGAGAGGGGGGGAGGGGGGAGAGGGGAGAAUCCACACAGAAGUUCAUAUCAUCCCCUAUGGUUCAACUGGAAAUUGAACAGUUUUAAAAUAUUAAAAGUAUCAGUCUCAUUCAUUUGGUAUUUAUUGAGAUUGCCUUAGAAAAAGAGUUUAUAAAAUUGCCCUCUUCACAUAUAUAUUUUAUCAUAUGAGAUAUUAAUUUAUUUAAUAUUUAUUGAGAUUGUCUUAAAAUAAUGAGUUUAUCAAAUUGCCCUCUUCACAUAUAUAUUUUUAAUAUAUGAGAUAUUUACUCAUUUAAGAUUAAGAUUUUAUAUUUAUUAUUUGCUCUGCUAUAUUUAUUAUUACAAUCCUCUAACUACUUCCGUUCUAUUUCAUUGUUAAUUUAUUAUUGUGGACCAUUGAAUGUUUAUGAGUAUCAUUAACAAUGAUGAAAGACAUUGGUCUCAUAAGGACUUCCAAGACAAGAGGGAAUAGCACAGUGGAACGCAAAGUGCGUUCUAACAUAAGGGUACUGAACCUGAAUUUCGACGAACGCAAUGUUCCAUGUUGCAUCCCACAGAUGGAAGGCAUGGAUGAGAAGAAAUUAUACAAUACAGAAACACCAUACCGGAAGUUUGUUGUAAGCAACGCAGAACGAUGCGGUCCAAGGCUGAAAUGCAUGGAACAUUUCCGGUAAGAAAACAAGGAAAUAACAAUUAAGCACCAUUUAAAAGGAAGGCAAGCUAGAAGCCAUUACACAGCAACUGAGGAAGCCUCCCAGAGAGGCAAAAUGCAUUUUGCUAUUGACUGCAAGACUGUAAGAACUUGUUAUUUUAUUUAUAGUGUUUUUAACUAUGUUUUUGUGCACUUUAUUAUGAAUAAAGCACUUUAUAAAAAUGAACUUUCGUGACUACAAUCAAAUCUAUUUAAGCUGCUUUGCUCCAUAAGAGAGGGAGUGGGACCCUGAGAAUUCACUAAGCUGAAAUGUUGAGCCAAGGAGAACUGGCUCCUCACUUGUGCGUGCAUUCACAUAUACAUUAUUACUGCAACGUAUAGAUACAGGCAAUAUUGCACUAACUUGUAUUUCUCUCUUACUUUAGGAUUAUAUCCACUAAGAACCAACUACCUAAUCUUUUAAAUUUGGACCCUAUCUUUCCUGUACCAUUCACAUACAACAUUAAGGAAUCUGAUGUAAGAUAAACCACCAUAUAUAUAAAAUUGGUAUAUAGAGAAGUUUGGGAUUUUUCCUUAUGUCUGUCUCGAAAUCUACGAUCUAAUUGGAUUGUUAAAUCAAUUAAUUCUUUGAAGGAGGAGGGAAUACCAAGUCAAGCUAAUUCAUCUCUAAGAGGUUCUGAUAAACCAAUCUGAUAUUAUUAUUAUUAUUAUUAUUAUUAUUAUUAUUAUUAUUAUUAUGUUAUUAUUUAUAUAGCGCCAACAAAUUCCGCAGCGCUUUACAGUAGGUGGAUGAACAAACAUGUAGUUGUAACCACACAAGUUGGACACAAAGGAACAAAGGGGUUAAGGGCCCUGCUAAAUAGGCUUACAUGCUAGGAUGUUGUAGACCGAUGUUGCAGAGUAUGAGAAGAAGCUGUUGAUGAUCAACAGUGUCAAAAGCCGCAGAAAGGUAAAGAAGAAUUAGGACAGAAUAGUGAUCAUGAGAUUUUGCAGGGAGUAGAUCAUUGGAUACUUUGGUCAGUGCUGUUUCCACAGAGUGCUUAGCAUGAAAACCAGACUGAAGCGGGUCUAGCAGAGAGUUGGACUCAAGGAAGUCUGUCAAUCUCGUAUACACAACUUUUUCAAGGAUCUUGGAUGCAAAAGGCAGUAGCGAGAUAGGUCGGUAGUUGGACGGGGAGUUAGGGUCAAGGUUGAGCUUCUUUAGAAUUGGAGAUAUAGUUGCAUGUUUAAAGGGUGAUGGAAAUAUGCCAGAGGAGAGAGAGAAGUUGAGCAUUUUAGUGAGAGGUAGCGAAAGAGAAGAAGAAGACAGAGUAUGUAUGAGAUGCGAGGGAAUUGGAUCAAAGGAGCAGGUGGUGGGGCAGGAGGACUGGAGCAGAGUAGAAACCUCUUCCGCUGUAGCGGGUGCAAAUGAGCAUAGAACAGCAGAGGGAGUGAGGUUAGGGGAAGUAUUGUAAGGGGAAGACGAAAGAUGAGAGUUCUCUUCCCUGAGUAGAGCUCUUGUCAGUGAAGUGAGUUGAAAAGUCUGAGACGGUCAAGUUAGUAGGUGGAGGAGGAACAAUUGGGUGAAGAAGAGAGUUAAAUGUGUGAAAUAGUCAUUUGGGUUCGUGGGAGAGUGCAUUUAUGAGGGUAUCAAAGUAAUUUACAUGUGCAGAGGAAAGAGCCACGCUGUAUGAGCGCAGCAUAAAUUUAUAGUGGAGAAAUCAGACGCACAGUAAGACUUUCUCCAACAGCGUUCAGCAGUUUUGGAGCAUUUUUAAAGAUAUCGAGCCAGCUUGGUGUGCCAAGGUUGUUGUUGGGGAGUGCUUGCUGCACUUAAAUGUAGGAGGUGCCAUGAUGUCUAGUUGAGAGGAGAGGGUGGUUCCAUUGGCCAUCUUUAUUUUUGGCGGAGUAUUGGCAAAGGUCCACAUAAGUCCUUCAGAUGAUAUGUUUGGGAUUCCUAAAAUGUUAUGCUCAUAAAGAACAUAACAAUGAAAACGCAGAAUAAAAUAUCAAUAUUGGGAAUUAGAUAUUGUACAAAAAUGUCUACAGAACAAUAAAUAUGGAUCAAAUCAAUAUAGCUAAAAACCGAAAAAUCUUAAAUGGAACCCAUGAUGAUUUCUAAAAAAUUCUAAGGAAAUUCUGAGAGGAUUGGGAGAAUUAUACAAUCAAUUACACUUUAUAAAUAUUAAAUAAAUACUAUAUGAAUAAAAUAAUCAAUUAAUUGUUGGGGAUAAAAUCAGCCCGGGCCCUUUGUGGAUGAUGGAUAUUUGCCAACUCAUACAGAGCUCUGGAAAUUGGAAAUGAAUAGCAGAGACAUGUUCGAUAACCAAUUCAAAUUGUAUUCAUACGUCAGUUAUAUUUAUACCCCAUUUUCAUAGCAGGAUGGGAGGGGGAAAAAUGAGCAUAUGGGCGUGACAAUGACAUUGUUUUUCACAAGUUAUAAACAGCUGUUUUUAGUUAUAAUUCGAUGUUACAUAAUGUAUGCAUAUUGGAUAAAACCCAGAUGAUUACAAAUACCAAAAUCUUGGACAAUUAACAAGGUCAUUCCAGAAUCCUUAUCAUGUCAUGUCAUGUCAUGUAGAUAUCCAAAAUCAUGUUCCAAUAACAUUUCCCGUAAAUAGAUAAGUUUUAUUUCCGAGAAUUGGAGAUACAAUUCCAAAUCUAUUCUUGGUUCAAAUUAACCCUUAUAUGAACAGCUAGGCUAUUGAGCAAAAUGGAUGUUCGCAUCUACAAUUCCCCUCUUAGAUCAUAUCAUGAUCUACCUUACGGAAUAUCCAUGGGAGGCCUGCGGCAGAGAAACCAAAGGAGGUAUAUUUAGACGUGCUAAUCACGUCUGCGGGACUUUCAUUAUUUCUUCACCUCAAUUUCCCCCAUUUGCUCUGUGCCGUAGGUUUUCCCUUUAAGAGGAGAUCGAGCUGUCAAUUUUCAGCUUCUGUAAUCAUCUGUUGUACACAUCUUUUAAGUAUACAAGUUAAAAAUUUCAAACAGCUGACAUCUUAACCAAUUUUAAACAUACUGCACAUCAUGUUAUCUGUAACUUGAGCCUUGGAUCAAAACAGGCAAAGUGUAUUAUUCCCAACAACGGGAAUAUUAUUAUUAUAAUUCACAACGUAAACACAUAUAAUCAGAAAUGGGAAUAAUAUCUAUUCCCCCUCUUUGGACCAGGGUCUUGGAUUACCAGUCCAACCCAGUGAACUUGGGCCAGGUCAAAAAGCCCAGUGGCAAAAACUCAUAACUGAGGAAAAAAGCACAUCUGGGUAAAUUCUAAGUGAGGGCCAUGACUGUGUAGACAUGUCAUCCCCUCAUGUUGACAGCAUUAGUGACUUAUAAAACCCGCACUUGUAAGUAAAUAGCUCGGGUAUUGGGAUUGGGAAACACUUCUUGAUUAGUUUGAAAAGGCCCACUUACAUAUUAAAUCAUGAGAUCAUUUCUAAUCAGUUUGCAAUUCUAGCAAUAAUCCCAAUCAUGACCUUGCGUCCAAUGCCUCCUAAUCAAACCCCUAUUUCGAUGGUCCAGUCAUAUCCACACUUAAUACAUUGGAAUCCAUCCUUGGUACACUCAACAUACAUCAAUGACACACAUAGUACAUCCAUGCCUGAGUAAGCUAACACUUCCUCUCUCUCCGGCUAACUCUACAAAAAUAAAAAUAACAAAAUAGUUCAAUAGUCCAGCAUAAUCCAGAAAAAUAUUAUAAGUCUUUCAAGGAGUAAAAAGAAUCUUAGACACCAUAAACUUUGUUCCAUAAUCUUAGACACCAUAACAUAGCUAAGUGUAGCAAUAUGGCUGAUAACAAGACAAUGUCAGCUUCCACAUAGUUCUUAAUUCUUCUGUUUGCUGGAUGUUCACCACAAUACUCUGUGCAACACCCCAAUUGUUGAAAGGGUAAUACAGAAAUAGCGGCAUUAGACAGCACUGCAUCUUCAGGACUUUCCAAGUUAGUUUAUGUCCUCAUAAGUAAGCAUCUCAGUUUUUUCGGCCAGCAUGGAUUUUGACCAAACAGAUUUAAUUGCAAAAAAAGGUAAGUAGGCAGGUAGGUCAGCCAGAGAGAUUAGUGUGUAGUCCCAAAUAUCAGGCAGCACAAAUACUCCAGUACGGUCUCUAUAAUCAUACAAACACAAGGAUCAGUACGACAUCAAUAAAUUAAUUAUCUAGGCUAAACUCAAAUUAGAGACUAAAGUUAAACUCUUAACUAGUGUAACAUGUACGUCUCUCAGUUUUGUUUAUGUCCUUUAUGUUUAUGUUUUUGUAUUUGUCCUUUAUAAAAUUUUAAUACAUAAUUUCCCUUUAAAAUGCCUUUGUAUGGAUGAGAGAAGCACUCAUUCUAUAUAAAUGCUUGUUGAGUACUAAAACACUGACAUAUACAUAUUGGUAUAAUUCCCAAUAAAAUGCUGUUCUUAAACUUAAACCUUGAUUUGAUAAUCUCAAUUAAUUACUUUAAUAACAUUGAAAUGCUGAAGUCUGUCAGUUUUGUGGACCCUGAUAACAUCUUUGGAAACCGAAACCUUUUAUAGAUCCCGAUGUGUGUGAUCAUGUUUUAAUACAUGUUGGAACCUCCAUACAGUUAUCCCACUUAAACAAUAUAUUUAUUUUUUUCAGAACAACUAGGAAUGAAAUAGGAGAAACAAAAUAAAUUACUAUUGUUCUAAAGUGCUUUGUUUAAUACAGGUUUCGGAAGAGUUGUCUUGCUGUGUUGCAAGUGGCCUCUGAUAAGGAAGGGACAGCAAACUGUAGACAUAUGUUAUAUUAAGUUGCUCUCACUUGUCAGGUCUUGGAAACCCACUUAUUUUAUUGCAGAUGCCUCUAGGAUACCACGUUACAAAUUGACUAAGCAUACUUAUUAUUAUCCUAUUUUAUUUUAUUUUAUUUAUUUCACAGUGUGCAGCCUAUGCAAACAAUGUCUAGGUCCCAACUUCAGUUUGUACAUCCUCUAAGAGCCAGCAUUAAUACUGUUUUAUCUAUCAAAACUAUAUAUAAAGUAUUAAAAAUAUGAACCAUUUGUGUAUUAGGCUGAGGUUGUUGGGUGUGGGUAUAGCUUGAAAGUUGUGGUUGGUAUUGAGGAAUCUGCCAGGGUGGGAGUCCUUGAAUGUCAGCUGGGCCAGGUUGACCAGGAGAACCGGGUUCACCACAAGCACCGUGGGGUGAAUCCCUGCUAUCCACAAUUAAAACAGUGCUGAAGUUACCACCUCUACAAAAGUUAGAUCCUUUGAUCAAAUUCUCUACCUCUGCCUCUAAAACUUUUCUGAUUCAAUCUCCUAUCACCUCCAAAAUUUCUUUGUCUCGCCUGCUUAAGAUCACAAUCCUUUUGUGACCGAUACAACAUACUUUUCCCUCUUUCUUUAUAUCAAAACAACCUGCUGUAUCUUUCUCAUGAAUCUUCCCAAGAAAUUCAGUUGGGGUCAAAGAGGGCCAGUCACAGACCAACAGUUUGACCAAAAGUGAACAAGGGGGAAGCAUAUUCCAUAUGAAGGUCGAGAUGACCUAACUCACACCCCCUCUUUGUGUACACCUAUUUGUGUACCACACAGAUAUAAUAUUAAUAAGCUUUUGAAGAUUUAUUGUGCAUGUAUAGCACGGUUGUCUAGGGGUGUAUACAUAAACAGUGAAAGCAGAGUCUUAAUAUAGGGUUUGCAAUACUGACAGUCUGGGUCAUAGGUGUAAUACAGACAUGUGGUUAGGAACUUUUCCAUUGCCAGAAUACAUUGAAAACACUAAUAUAUUGCAAAUAUUAAAAUCAUAUUGCAGCUGUUUCCUAUACCUGCAAGGAUAUGGUUGUAAUACUUCAAUUGAGUUCAAAUUGAGUAUCAAAAAUUCUAACCACAAAAACUAAAUUUUAUAUGCUUAUCAAAAAUGAGUUUAACCCCUUAGCAAUUUAAUAGGGUGACCUCUUCCUAUAGUAUGGUUCCUUUUAUAAUUAUUAUAUUAUUUAUUCUUUUCUGGGUCUGCAAAAUGCUUUCAAUAUACCAAUACAAAUAUAAUACCGUAGUUUAGAAUUGCCUCAAAGAAAUUAUCUGAUCUCUAUUAAAAAUACCAUUUCAUCAUUUUCCUAUAAUCAAUGAGGCAUACUAGAAGAAUCUUAAUUUUGGAAAAAACCUAUCCUAUACAUCCAUAAUUUUUUCUUGUUAUAUAACCAUAUAACAUAACAAUUGUUUAUGUUAAAGAUAACAAAUUUUUAUUUUUCUUAAAUAAUGCAAUGCACUUUAAAAGUAGAGUUAACUCUAAAUACUCCCCUAAUAAUACUGAAACAUGGAUCCAUGAUUUUGAAAAGCAAAUGAUAUAUUUUUUCUUUCCCAGGGGCCCCUUUCUUGUUGGCUGAUCAGCGUUUUUUAAUCUGUUGUAAAAAGACACUAAAGGCUUGCGUUAAUGACAUGCAAAUAUUCUUUAAAUAUUCUUCAUACUCAUUGUAAUAUCACACAUCAUCUUAUAGCACAGAAAACAUGUAGCAGAUAUCCAGCAGACAUGCCAAUACAAAAAGCAUAUUAAUCCAAAAUAAAUUAAUAAAUGUCACACUCUGUGACAAAGAUAAUAUAGGUUCCCAUGUUUGUGCAUUAUGCAUGUCUGCAAACUAUGCAAACAGUACUACUUUAAGAUUAGAUCAGAGCACCUGGCAACUGGACAGGAAGGUCAAAUUUUGGCAGGAAGUCCAUUAUUGCAACAGAAUUUUGGAAAUCAGCUAAAAUUUACAAAAACAGCCUCCCUCCUUUUUUUCUUUCUUAAGACUACAACUCAUAUUGCUCUUGGACUAGUAUUCAAUAAUAAAUCAGUUAUUUAAUAGAUUAUUACGCUGCCAUUUUCAUCUGUAUCAAUACUAAGACAAACUUAUUCAAAUAUAAUUUAAAAUAACACAGCAAAAUACCCAUUAACAUACAUGACAAUUAAACUGCGCACUUUAAAAUGAGUAACCAAAACAAACAUUCAUCACUAUCACCAUUUACACAGAAUAAACUUCUAACAGCUGUAUUCAGAACAUAUUAUUGUAAGGUAUACCAAUUUUAGUUUGUAUCGGAUUUAUUUAAGAUUUCUGGUACCAAAGGGUUUAUUUUUUCUUUUUAAAGAAGGGAUCCCGUACGGCCAUAUAACGCGUUUGACUUAAACAUUUGUAUAACACUUGCAUUAACCAGUUGCGACAUAUGUACCCUGUCAAUAGAAUUUCUCUCUUAUACGCUUAUAGAACAUUUGGACCAGAUUACACAGACAUGGUAUCACCUGCAUUUGUCAGAACUCUCAAAGACUCAAAAUAUUUAUACUACUCCAUGUUAAAGGCAAGGCAAAAUUUUGACCGGUCAAUUUGAGUUUCCAAAAGUCAUAUCAACACAGGUAAAAACCUUUGUCCAUGGUUUUCUGAUCCUACAUUCCAUGACCAAAAUUUCAAACCCACUUCUUCACAGUUUGGGUCACAAUCAAUAAAAUCUCAGCAACCCCAUUCAACAAUUUACAAAAUACAUACAAUUUAAAGCACAUACAACAUGUGACGUACUGGAAUACUACAAGUUAGCUUACAGCACAAUAUGAAGCAUGUGUUGGAACGCUGAAAAUAUAAAUUUUGCUCUCUUCUAAAUUUACAACAUAAAUUCUCUGCAACAAACACACAGGGCAGAAAGAAUGUGGUGUUUGACGUUUUGAAUGAAGUGACUUUUUGUCCCAAUAUGAAAAUAAAGGGCUCAUCAUAUAAACAAUCAUACAUCCCACUCUCAUGAAAAAGUGUAGUGGGCUUAUAGUACUUUUGUCCAAAUAUAAAAAUAAGGGCUCAUUAUGCAAACAAACAUACAUGCAGAUAAAUCAUGUUAGUUCUAGAAUUUGUAGCCCCCCUUAAAUAACCUCUAAUUUUUUUUUUUAUUCAUCAUCACCUUUACAUGUACUUUUGACAUUCCCUCAAUUAAGACUUUAUGCUUAAAAUCAGCGUUGCACACCAUAAAAUAGCACAUAAAUUAGCAAGCCGGAGUAAUGCCAAACAUCCAUCAUACCUUUUAACCCCCUUUUUUUUAUUUAUUUUUUUUGUUAUCUAAACCAUUUUAGUCUGUAACAUUUACAUCUACGUUAAAUAAAUACCACAGUCCACCAAAGACUGGAAAUCUGUUUUACAACCUACCAAAGGCAACCUCUACCAAAGAGGAAUCUAGGGACGUCUCCCAUAUGUAAAUGUACAUCACAGGUACAUCACAGCCUACCAAAGGCUUGAAAUUCUUUUUAACACCUGGCCAAAGCUGAACCUCUUACCAAAGAGGAAAUGUGCACAUAACUACUACUGCCUACCAAAGACAAUCCUCCAACCCGUGGAGUAAUAGAAGUCUACCUAAGACUUAUAAAUACCAUGUCUACCAAAGACAUUAUGCAGUGAAAAUCCCCUUUAAAAUUUUAAAUAGUGAAAAACCCCAUUACAAAUGCAAUGUGUGGGGGAUGGGAGAAGCAGGUAAAGAAGGACUUUAAAGAUCCUCUUGCCUGUCAUCUCCGUUCCGUCCAAUUGCACCCAAAAACAUCUGACACCAGUUUGUUGGGGAUAAAAUCAGCCCGGGCCCUUUGUGGAUGAUGGAUAUUUGCCAACUCAUACAGAGCUCUGGAAAUUGGAAAUGAAUAGCAGAGACAUGUUCGAUAACCAAUUCAAAUUGUAUUCAUACGUCAGUUAUAUUUAUACUCCAUUUUCAUAGCAGGAUGGGAGGGGGAAAAAUGAGCAUAUGGGCGUGACAAUGACAUUGUUUUUCACAAGUUAUAAACAGCUGUUUUUAGUUAUAAUUCGAUGUUACAUAAUGUAUGCAUAUUGGAUAAAACCCAGAUGAUUACAAAUACCAAAAUCUUGGACAAUUAACAAGGUCAUUCCAGAAUCCUUAUCAUGUCAUGUCAUGUCAUGUAGAUAUCCAAAAUCAUGUUCCAAUAACAUUUCCCGUAAAUAGAUAAGUUUUAUUUCCGAGAAUUGGAGAUACAAUUCCAAAUCUAUUCUUGGUUCAAAUUAACCCUUAUAUGAACAGCUAGGCUAUUGAGCAAAAUGGAUGUUCGCAUCUACAUUAAUAACUAGUUAUAAAAAUCUAAUGGAUAUAUUAUAUAAAAUGGUAGUAUAAACAAUCUAUAUGGUAAAAAAUGUCAUAAUUCAAAAUCAUCAUUAAGUCCAUGUGGUUGCAUAGUAUUAAGGUUAAAAAUCUAUUGCAUCUCUGUUUCCCAAAAAUGGUAGGGGUCACUAUUGUGCUUGUUUUUAAAAUGCAAUGAGACGCUAUGCUUUUCAAAACCUUUUUUGAUGUUCCUUACUUGUUCCUGGUUUCUAGUAUAUAGUGACCUAAUGGUCCUCUCUACAUAUGACAACCCACAAGGGCAGGUGAUCAUAUAUAUCACGUUAGUGGAAUGGCAUGUAAUCAUUUGUUUAAUUUAAAGAAAUAAAUUCUGUCUAGUGGAUGGCAAAACUCCUUUAUUAGUCAUUUUUGUUUGUUGAGUUUUUACAUGUCCUUCAUGUACCACAGCCAUAGAAUCCACUGGAUUCAUUAAAAAAAUUAUUUAUUGAUCUCUUUGGUGGUAUAUGAUUAUGCACUAGGUUACUUCCUAGAUUUCGUAUACCCCGAUAUGUUAUGAUUGGCUUUUAUUGGAGUAAAGAAUUAAGAACUGUAUCAUUUCUCAGGAUGGGCCAAUAUUUUCUAGUGAUUUUCUUUAGAUGACCGCUAUUACAGUUAAAAUCCCAAAUAAAGUUCAAAUGUUGAUAUUCUAUAUUGUACCUUUUUUUCCUUGUAUUUUAUUAAUUUGUUUCUAUCUCCGUUUUUAACGUCAUUAUCAGCCCUUUCUAGCAAUAAUCAUUUAUUAAUUUUAUUGCUUGUUCCUGGAAAUAUAAUCGGUGCAAUUAUGCUUGAUCCUCAAAAGUUGUGCUUUAAGUGCGUUCAAAAGUGCAAGUUUUUAUUGUGUUCUCUUCCACAUAAAUAUUUAAAUUUAAAAAAUUCUACUGAUGAUUUCUAAAAUUUCUAGUGAGCUUAAUGCCCGAAUUAUUAACAUUUAAGUGGGUUAAAAAAGUGACUAGUGACUGUUCGUCUCCCCUCCAAAUUAAAAAUAUAUUGUCUAUGUAAGGCGAUAGACUAUGAGGCUCGUAUCCCACCUAUGGUCCUUGUGGAUAAAUUCACGCUCCCACAGUGACAUGAACAAAUUAGCAUAGCUGAAUGAGAACCUCGUCCAGAUUUGCAAAUAAAACUGUUCUCCAAACCAAUUAUAAUUGUUGGUUAAAAUCCACUGAAUACCCUCAAUAAUAAGAUCGAUUUGACUAUCUUAAAAUUUGCUAGAAUGUUCUAAAAAAUACAUAGUUGCCCUUAAACCCUUUGCAUGGAAAAUAAUAAGAUACUGAUAGUGUCUUUCAGAUAGCUUGGGCAGGUACUAACAAUAGGCUGCAGGCACUUAUCAAUAUAUUAGGAUAAUUUACUAGAGAUUGAUUCAAUCACUGAAUCUAUUGGUCUACCGGGAGGUUUGUCCCUAUCCUUAUGUAUUUUUGUGAGGUAGUGAAAUACAGGGAUUUUAGGAUGUUGCACAUUUAAAAACGUGUAUUCCUUUUUGUUUAAAACCCCCAGUCUUUUCCCAUUCUCAAUUAAUUUAUUAUAACUUAAUUUAAUGUCUUUUGUAGGAUCUAUGUUUAAAAUCUGAUAGGUCUUAUUAUCACUAAAUAAUCUGAGUGUUUCCUUCACAUAAUCUUCAAUAUCAAAAAUUACAAUGCCCCCACCCUUGUCAGCUGGUUGAUGACUAUGGUUUGGUCCUCUCUCAAUUCUUUUAGAGCGUGUCUUUCCUUGAAACCUAAACCUAAAUUGUAUUUAUGUAUUUGUUUUUUUUUUCCAUUUUGUUUACCUCACUCAUUACAAUCUCAAAUCCAAACAAAACAGAAAAAAAAAAAAAAUUGUCACAAAAUUCUCCAACUCUGUGUGUGCUGCUAUAAGUCAUUAUGUCUCUGUUUGAGAAAAGAUCCAGGUAUGGACAAAAUAUAGAUACUUUAUUCAGUAAUCAAGAAACCAGUAAUCAAAUAAUCAAGAAGGGAAAGUAAUGACAAGAAAUUAAAACAAGAUUAUGCAAUUUAUGCUAUAAACUAGAAAAGCUAUUAGGAAGAGAAAUUAAAAUCAGGUGGGAAAUAGCCACAUUAGACAAGUAUACCAGAGAGAGAAUCACUCAAGAGGCCUAAGGUUUACAAAAAGCCCCUCAUUUGAUCAGUAGGAGGAGGACUUUAUAAAAGAAUAGAUGGCCCUCUUGGAGAGUGUUUCUUUUGGAAUGAUGGAUUCAGUCAUAACUGCAUAACUCCUAUGUAUGUCAUCAUUAACCUGUAUUGUUUACUACCCCUGCCAGGUGGAUCUGGUUGCUCCUCUAUUCGGAGGGUCCUGACUUUUUUUUUCCGCCUGCACUUCAUUAAGGUGGGUGGCAGCCUGUUCAGCUAUUUUGUUGGGUGCUUCGCUCAUGGGUAUCUUACAUUUGGUAAACUGGUCUAGGGAGAAAUAAUUUAGAUCUAUUUCCACUGCUCUUCUACUGCUGCUUUUUCACGUAGUCUCAGCAUUAAAAAUGCAAAAUAUGAAGUCUCAUGCAUAUGCUAGCUUUAGUGUACUUAUAAUCUUAAUUUUAAUAAUGACAGGAAGUGAGUUAUUUUCCCUUCCUUUGCCUUGCCCUUCUUUUAAUCCACGCUGUCUGUUCUCAUAUUUGUUAUCCUUCUUCAUGAUGGUAUUGUUUUGGUGUAGUUUGCUGGUUUUAUUCGCUUAUACUUUUCCAUUCUUCGUGAUCUUAUAUUUCUAGUUUUUAUCUGAGUUAUUUUUAGAUUAUUUAUGUUAUCUAUAGUUUGAAUUAUUUAGUUGUUUAUGAGUAAAUUAAUUGUUGCACACAUUGUAAUUGAUAUGUGACUAAGCCUGUUACACAUUUUCUUUUCAGUUUAAUUCGCUUCAGUGGACACUUUUGCUGUUCUGGUCUGGUUGUCGGAGUACUAAUUUUACAGGACGCUAUUCCAGAAGUUCAGUAAAGAAAUAAUAAAAGGCAAUCUAGAUGUGGACCCCUUGCUCACGGUGCAAAGAGGGAUAUUGGCUGUACCUCAUUGAUGAUGCCUAAAAAGGUUGCAAUGAUCAUCUGGGGUUGCUCUAUCUCUCGUUCAGAGAGAGUCAGCCUGUAUUUUGGAUCUGUUUUGCCCUUCUAGGUAGAAUUAGUCUGAGAUACAAAUUGCAUGGUUCUCUCUGUAAUGGUACAAGAUGGGCUAAAACCAGCUUGAGAACUGAGCGGAGACCCACUGAAGGGCAGGGCUUGUUGAGCUGAUGUACGUUCUCAUUUGUGACUUGUUUUUUGCAGGUGAGUGAGUAUCCCCUGUGGGAAUAGUGGGUUACCUGUCAAUGGGUAUAGUGUGAAAGGGUAUGAGGCUAAUGAUAGUAAUUUUUUUAUGUUGUUCCAUAUAUGGAGGGUCGGGGACAUGGUAGGAUGUGGAGUUUGGCAUGAGCAGAGAAAAAUGGUUCCCGUCUUAUGCCAGGGAAUAAUGAUUAGUGGUAUCAGAAAGAACAAGUCCUCCAAUAGUACCCAGUGGGUCUGGGGUUGGGUUGGUUAUGCGUAUAUUCUGGUUAGUAUAGUUGCUCUGUGGUAUAGGCCUAUGUUGGUUUAUUCCAGGCGGUUGUGUGGACAAGCAGUUCGUAAAUGAGGUUGUAUGCCUUACUGAGAUCUCUAGAUAAGUGUACCCUAGAUAUUUUAUGUCGUUUUCAGCCUAAUCAAAUGGGAAGAGGUUAUUUAGUGAUGUUUGGGAUGAGUCAUCUAUUCUGAGGGGUAGGAUCUCGCUUUUGGAGAAGUUAACUUGGAUGUUGGAUACCUUAUUAUACAGGGAGAUUUCCUCCACAAAAGGGGCAAGUGAUGUGAUGGGAGAGGUUAGUGUGAAUAGAAGAUCAUCGGUGAAGGCUGAUACAUUGAACUCAUGUUGUUGUAUCUGGAAACCUUGAAUAUCCUCUCUAUCUUGAAUCCCCUGAAGGAAAGGUUCCCUGGUUAGGAUAAAAAGGAGAGCCAUUCCGGAUUAUCACCAUGUUUGAAAGUUGGCCAUUGAUUUUCAAUUUGGCUGUGGGGUUGGAGUAAAUGGCAGUAAGCCAUCUCAUCCAAUUGGCACCAAAACCCAUGGUAUGUAUAGUGUUUUUUAAUAGUCACCAUACUACCCUUUCAAAUGCUUUUUUGGCAUCAACAGAUAGUAGAAGGCUUUGGUGUGGUUGUGUCCUUGACAGAUGUAUAAGGUUGAGUAAUUUAGUGGUAUUGUGCUUGGCCUCCCGCUCGGGUACAAAGCCAGAUUGGUCUGGGUGAACCAGGUGUUGGAGUAGGGGGCGCAAACAUGUUGCUAAGAUUUUUGUAAAUAGUUUAAGAUCUAUGUUGAUCAGGAAUAUCGGUCGGUAACUGCCACAAUUUGUAAGGUCUUUCUCUGGUUUUGGCAACAAUUUUAUGUAUGCCUCUUAAGUGGAGGAUGGUAGUGCUUAAGUAUCCAAUAUUGUGUUCAAGGUGUGUAUAAAGGGGUCAGCCAGUAUGCUAGCAAACAACUUAUAAUAUUUGGCCAUAAAGCUAUCUGGGCCUGGGCUCUUGUUUAAGGGUAGAGCAUGGACCACUUUAUCAAAUUCUGCUUUCGUUAGUGGUGCAUCAAGGGUUUGCCUGGUGUUGUCUGUUUGAGAUGGCGGUGUCUCCCUCAGAUUUUAUAAUUUAGAGUAAUAUUUGUGGAAUUCUUCCAUAAUAUCUGGCAGUGUGUGGGAUAGUCCCUUAUUUGAAUGUUUGAUCUUGCCUAUGAAUGUAUUUUGUCUACAUUGUUUCAGUGUAUUGUCCUCCCAUGGAAUAGAGUGUUUGGUGCAUAACAGUUUGCUUUUAACUUGAGUCUUUAAAAGUUGCUAUAUUUCUGAGCAUUUGGAGAUUGUUUAUAUACUACCAAGUUCUCUGUUUGUUUGUGAGUCAAUUCAAGUAUCUCAUCAGUGAGGGUUUUUAGUUGAGCUUCCCGCAUCUUUGCAAUGUGUGUAAGGACGUCUUUGUUGUUGAGUAACAUGUAAUUUAAUUUCCAAGGGAUUUGGAUAACAAGAGACAGGAGUGCAUAGUCUGACCACAAGUUAUUGGGCCAUAUCUGCACGAGCUAACCAGAUGCAAGAAUCUGUGUGGGAGGAAGAACAUAUCUAGUCUAGAAUGUGUGACAUGUGAGUAGUAUGAGUAGUCUCUCAUAUUAGGGCGCAAGAUUCACCAGCAGUCGUACAAUUGUGAUUGGUCUAGAAGGUGAGAGAAUUGUUUUCAUACAGAGGUCAGGUGUGUAGAGGUUUUGGAGGUCGUAUCUAAGACAAGUCAAGUGAAACAUUAUAGUCACCCCAAUGACUAACACUAAAAGUUUCCAUGGAACACACACAUUUCUUGAGUGUCUUGCAUUGCUUCCUAUUUGGCAAAUAUAUGUUCACAAGCGUAACCAUAUUGUGGCCUAUUUUUCCUGUUACCAACAAAAACCUUCCAGAGUCAUCAGCUUUGUGAUCAACUUAUGUGAAGGGUACCUGUGCGGAAAACAGAAUGGCAACCCUAUGAACCAGUGCCUCAGUAAAGUGGCCAAAUUUGAGGCUGCAUCCUAAAGUGGAUUUCGUGGCUAUGUCACCAUUUAAUUUAUGGAGUUCAGUUAGAGCUAAUGAUUUUUCUGGAGAGUUUUAGCCUCUAGCAUUGAGGGUUAUGAAACAUAGGGAAGUCAUUUACUAGGGGUGAUAUAUGGGUGGCAGGUUUCCCUCCCCACCCCAGCAGAGCACAGCAAAAAUGAAAAAAACAAACAUAACAAAUAAAAGUUAACUAUAUACAAUUAAAUCUAAGAAAAUUAGGAUCUUGUUAUGAAAUGUGACUCUGACACUACUGGAAUUCCCAGGAGAAUCCUAUCUUAAAUGUUUUGUUGGUAAGUAGUUGGGUGUGAAGUUUUUAUGCAAGGUAGUAAUCAGGGAUUAUGGUAGGCUAUGUGUGGCCAUGGUGCAAUAGUUAGGUGGGUUGUGGAAGGUUUAGCUAGUGGGAUCCAAGAGCUGGAUCUUGCAAUUAGUUUGGUGUCCAGAAGUUGCUGCUUUCAACAUACCAUACCCUGACAAUAGACAACAGAGCCCUGAAGUAUACUGGGAGAUACACAUUAAACCCUUAUAUCAAGCAGGAGGGGGUGAGCAUCAGGCCAGAGUCGGGGACCUUUGCGCCCAGUUUAUGCUUUGUGGGGACGCAGAGAUAGCAUACUAGAAAUAUGGUGUAAAAUAAGUACUAAGCAGGGUGGUGCAUCUACGGUACAGGUUGGGAUAGGCAUAAGGCUAUCCUAGAUAUAAGAUAGGGCCAGGGACUAAUUAAAGUAUUUAGAAAAUUGUGCAGACUAGAUGGGCCGAAUGGUUCUUAUCUGCUGUCACAUUCUAUGUUUCUAUGUUUCUAUGUUAGCAGGUAUAAACAAUGCAUUCGAUAAACAUAUUCAGGACUCAAUUAUCUUAUGAAUUGCCAGGGCAUUAUCGAUUAUGUCUCAGUCUCUUUCAGAAGAUCUUUGUAAUAUCCACAGGAACCAGGGAUAAAACAAACACGGAAAAAGCAUAGUCCACAACUACUUUUACAGUAUCUUUUAGUAAGCGCCAUCUACAGUUGAAAAGCUGGUAUGUCUUGGAUGGUGUGUAUGAUAUACAGGGUAUUCUUGUAGGUGGCGCUUAAUUUGAAUAGGAAGUCCCAGUGCAAUCAUUCAGCUCCAACCCGUGUCAUUACUAAAAUUAAGAUUAUGAGUAUACUAAGGCUAGCAUACUCUUCAAUGUUUUCGGCCUCUUGAGUUUAGCUCCAUUGAGAUAACCAAGCCAAGAAGCGGAAGGUCUGGUUGUCUGACUGACAAAACGAGGAGUGUAACAAGGUUAAUUCAUAAAAGUGCCAAGUUCUGUUGAAAUAGGCUUUUUUAGUAAAAUUAAGUGUUACAUAAAGUAUUUCAGAAAGCUACAUUGCUUUAGGGAUCUGGUGUGUCUCUUUAUUAAUACAAGUUCAAAGAAGGACAAGAGGAAAUAACAAGGUUAAUCACUAAACUCUCCAUACCAAAUGGGGCAAAAACAAUAUUUUCUAGUCAGCAACCACAUUAAAAAGUAAAAACAAAAUAAUAAUAAUAAUAAUAAUAAUAGUAUUGAAAAACCCUAUGUACCAAAAAAUGACUAACACAUUAUUAUAAGAGAAGACUGAAACCUCUCUAUGCCCCCACCUGGUAUGGGGGGCGUACCUACUAAAAAUGUAAUUUUCCUUAGUCACACACUUACAACGUGAUUUUAAAAUGAUGCCACCUAUGAAUCCUUUCUGAACAUAUCUCAAUAGCCAUAAUUUUUUUUUGUUAUUUAAGUUGUUUAUUGCAUGCACUGUUAACCCAUUGCAUUAUUACUGUGACCCUGGUAUGACAAUCUACAAAUCGAGACAGGUGUCCAUUUACUCCUUUACUAUGUUGUUGCUAUAUAUAAUAGCCUAACUAGGUCAGCAUGUAAAACUAAAAAAUGGGAUGUUACUAUCUGCCAGUGCUUAUUGCACUAUUGAUGUUACUGUCUGCCAGUGCUUAAUCUGGCAUUCUUUCUUUUUUGUAUGUUAUGUAUCUCACAUCUCAAUAAAAUAUACUUGACAAAAACAAUGUAAAAGUAGCAACUAGGCAACCAUUGCUACCCAGUUACUAUAAAGGCCCCAUCCCAUAGAGAUAGUGCCUGUGAAAUAAACAGGGAUUUACACUGUCCACCUAUGUGCCCAAAUGUGUGGCCAGUGGGUGUGGGCUGUAAUAUAAUAAGGAAGGGAACUUGGUGAUCUCCCUGGUCUCCACACAUUGGUGGUGGGUGGGGGCCCUAAUAAUGACAUAAGGGCAGGAGGUGGCAUAGGGUGUCCUUAAUAAUAUUUUGAAAGAAGGAGGACCCAAUGUCCUUACUCUUUCUCCCACUGAUUUGCAGUGGGUGGUGGCCCAAAUUAUAAUUUAAAAGGGGAGACCUUAUGAAGAAUUCUCUUGAGACUUGGCUGUCAGAGUUCUCUGGUUGGCUUACAAAUUAAUCAGAGCACUCUUACUGAUAUUACAUAGCAAUGCACAUUUUGUUAUACGAUUUACUAGGUGAUUUGCAUGGAAAAGCCUUUAAAACAGCUUUCCCCGUUAUGAGAGCUCAGUCUGGGGGGUGCUCUUGCAAAGCAAGCACAGUUUCCUUUUAUUGUGCUGCAAUUUUGGCUUUUCUUUUUACAAUUAUUUUGCAAACCUGUUUUUGGAUUCUAAGUUGGCUUUGUUAUGGGGCUGAAGAAGAGUUUGAAAAAAGAAGAUUUCCUGUGGUAAGCAUUUUUAAUUUAUAGGUAUUUGAUUAGUUGCUCACCCACCACUAUUAUUAGGUAGGGUUCUUUAUUUUUAAUUUUUAGUUAUGGUUAGUGGAUUGACAAGGAGGAGAAGGGGGUUGGGCAUGCCACAAUUUGGGUUUGUGGACAAUGAUACCCUACAUUGUUUAAAUAUUUAGAGCCCCUCACUCACAGUCUAUGAGUGGGGCCACAAAAUAAGUCGGAAUGUGAAUGUACUGAUUUUACAACUCCAAACGUAUCCAGGUGAUUGCUGCAUAUUUUCUCAGGCUCACCGAAUUCUGACCAUAACUGACUUUAAUAAAUAUGAGGGUUGCAGCUGGAAUUCAGUCAUUUUCAUGAAAUUUUGCUCAUCCAGAAAAAAACAAGUCUGGUGAAUAACCCAGUGAGUGUAGCUGUGAAUUAGUAAAGUGAGGUGUGUAAGGAAUAGCAGGUAAAAAAGGUAAGCCUUACAGUAUUUAUUAUAGACUCUAGUUGGGAAACGUAGAGUUUGAAGAGAUUAUUUAGGAACAUUUUAAAAAUAAAAUUUGGCAUCUUCUGGGCCCUUUGGUUAGCCAUGGAUGUUAAAGGAUUCCCAGAACUUGAUAUCGUCUGGGUCUUUUUUAUAUCACUUACUACCCCAUAACUCACAGGAAAGAGAAAGAAAAAAUACCACUUGACUGACCUAUUACAUAGCCUAUUAUUCAUAAAGCUGUUAUAUAAAGGAAUCAUUGUUUAAAAUAUUUAGAAACUUAUCUGACAGCUUUCACUUUAAUUUAAACCAACUGGUUAUACAAAGUAAACAGUUUUCCUACUGGAAUAGCAAACGUUUUGGGUCUUCACCUCUUGGGAGUAAAUACAUCAUACUUUGAUACACAAAAGUAUAAAGAUCUGCACCGCAGCUCUAAUUACUCACUUUAAAUCUAUGGAAACCUGCAAUCCCAUAUACUAUAUCUAAUGGUACAUUUCAACCCAAAGGUAAGACGAUGAUUAUUUCAUUAAUCAUAAAUAAUAUCAAGAAGAGAAGACCAGCAGAUGAUACAAGUAUUAAAACUACUCACACAUAAUACAUAAAUAUCAUAAAUGCAUACAUAACAGGUAUUUGCAAGACAAUUAAGCAUUUUCUACUUGUUUUAUGCAGAACAUAAAAAUUAGAUAAUUUUUACUAAAAUUAAAAAUGGUUUAAGAUUUUUUUUCUGCAAAUUCAUAUCUUCUUGCAUUACUCUUUUUUUACAGGAUAUGUUUGAAGUCAACCAGACAAAAGUUACAGAAUUCAUAUUCUUGGGAUUUCAGAAUCUUCAGACUGUUAAUAUUGGACUGUUUGUUCUAUUCCUUACAAUUUACAUCUUGACAUUAGCUGGGAAUCUGCUAAUUGUUUUAUUGGUGGCCAAGGUUCCAUGUCUGCAAUAUCCCAUGUAUUUCUUCCUGAGCAACUUAUCAUUGUCUGAUAUCUUGCUCACUACAAAUGUAGUUCCCAACCUACUCCACUGUAUAAUUAAUGGAGGAAGCUCAAUAUCAAUCACUGGCUGCCUCACUCAACUUUACUUUUAUGGUGUUUCUGCAGCUGGAGAAUGUCUUCUUCUCACUGUGAUGUCCUAUGAUCGAUAUUUAGCCAUCUGUGAUCCACUACAUUACAUCAUUAUCAUGGAUCCCAGGCUACGUGUCCAACUUGCUCUUUGGUCUUGGCUUCUAGCAUGUAUGGUAAUGGUAUUUAUUGCUUUUCUAAUAUGUAAUUUACAGUUCUGUGGUCCACAUUUAAUUGACCAUUAUUUCUGUGAUAUUGCACCUGUUCUAGACUUGACUUGUUCAGAUCACACAAUUGUUGACUUUUCAUACUUUAUUUUAGCAAUACUUUUUGCUCUUAUUCCAUUUUCCUUUAUUCUCUUCACUUAUAUCUCUAUUUUUAUCACUGUAUCUCAAAUUUCUUCUAGCAGCGGGAAACAGAAAGCCUUCUCUACCUGCAGUUCUCACUUGAUGGUAGUGAGUACGUACUAUGGGACUCUAAUAACUAUUUACCUGGUUCCAUCCAAGGGGCGGUCAUAUAAUGUCAAUAAAAUUAUAUCCCUUUUAUACACCAUGGGAACUCCAUUCUGCAACCCAAUUAUAUACAGUCUUAGAAAUCAGGAGAUAAAAACAGCUGUAAAAUAUAUAUGUAAUAUCAAAAAUUAACUAAAUAUAUUAAUGCAUAACUGUUUAUAAUGUAAUAACCUCCAGGUUAUGCAUGUUUUGAAAAUAAAAUGCAUAAAAAGCAUUUUCUUCAAUAGUGAAGUUUCAAAUUCACAAACUUAUUACGAAACAAGAGGGCUGUUACUAGAAUCUAUGUGUGGUUAAUAGUAACUUCUUUUUAAUAAUGUAUAUAUAGCUGCACAUAUAUCAAUCACACCAGUUGAGUUUGUAUUCUCUAAAAAUGUCAACAAAACAAUUAAAAGGAAUCGUUCAAUAUAAUAGUCCAAUUUUUAUGUCCGGACAUUUUAAUGUAUACAUUAUUCUCAAAUAUAUAAAUAUUUUGAAUUGUAUUUGAAAGGGUUAAAAAUUAAAUACAUGACUACUGUAAAUGGGCAGCUUAUUCUUGAUAUAGUCUAAUUAAACGUCAGCUUAAAAAUGAAACUGUUGCCGACCAUCAAUGAGAACCUUUUUGACCUCGCUACCAGAAAUACAUGUUGUUGGUACCUGAAUAAACAAGAUCGUGUUUAGCUGAUGUGAUCUUUUCAUGUUACUUUUGCUGUAACUUCUGUCUAUAAAUAUGUUUGCAUGACCCUUAAUACACUGGUAGCAGCCCAAUUUGAAACACGUUGUCUGGGAAUCACUGAAAGACUCUCCCCGAACGGUCGGUCCAAAAGUGAGGUGCAUGAAACGCGUUGCCCAGCAGUGUAUUAUGAUCCCAACAGUAUUUAUUUACUGCAUUUUUAAUCUUUAGCCCUGAAAAGUUUAUUCUCAAAAUACUAUCAAUAUUGUGCAAGUUACGUAAUUGUAGAUAAAGAUACUUGUAGUUUUUAUAAUUAUAUUAAUGCAGUGAGCAGUAUUAGAGCCAUGCUGCUAACAACUCUCUUUGCUCUAGCCACUGCUAAGAAUUACCUUCACAAGCUGUUUAAGCUGAGGAGAGGAGUAACACACUGUGAUGCUUAAAGAGCAGGUGAAACAUUUUCAGAAGAGACUUGAACAAAGAGAAAAACUGUGAACAAGCAUAAAUAUAACAGAAAUGUGCUUACUAAAUACAGAGGUGGGGCUGCAGGGGAGAGAAAGCAGACAUACUCACAUACACCAAUACAAAACUGAAGGGUGCGCCAAGGGGUAAAGGGUGAUGUAAUACUAGAUAAAACAAAAGAGGUAAAAACAAAUAGUAUAUAAAAUUAAAUAAUACAUAAAAGCAAACAAGCCAACAAAGUCCAAAAUGAGGUAUAAAGUAAGAGUAAGUUUUUAAGAGUUUGCCUUUAUCUCCAGGUAAGUAUGUCUUCCAAAUAGUUGAUGUCCAGGGACAUAAAAGAGAAGAAGAGAGUUCCAAUAGUGCAAUAUGUAUUAAAAGUAUAAAAGCUGAAAUAAAGUCCAAAUGGCCUACUCACAUGAAGUAGAGCUGAAAACCAGCUCUGGUGUAAAGCGCCUGCAGUGGUAUUAUUCCCCCACUUCAGGGAUAUGAUGAGAGGAAUAGGCCAGGGUGUGUCUUGUCAGCGGGGUAUGUGAAGGCAAAAACAAAGGUACAACAAAUAGUGCUCUCUGUAUAAAAUAUAUCCAGGGGAAUAAAUAAAUGGAUAAUACUCACAUUUACCUGAGCAGAUAUCCUGCUCAGUAUUCUCAUUGUGGGUGGUAUAAUCCCUACCAGGGAUGCUUUGUGAAGUCCUCACUGGGAAGAUAAAAACUUGGUGACAGGUAUAUAUAUAAAAAAAAUCUAAGGUAUAUGGUACUAAUAUUGGUAGUAAAAGAUACCAAAACCUUUAUUUAAGACAGUAAAAAUGUAAAAUAUAAUCCAUAACGCGUUUCACCCACAAUGGGCUUUUUCAAGUGGUAAUCAAAUUGUCUUUGUUAUACUCACAUACACACCUGGCUGCCUUCUGCUGUUUUGAUGUGCAUGUAAAGAGAUGCUGUGAUUGUUUUGUGUGACAAUUUAGGAUGAUCAGCAGUUGGUACGAUAACACUAAAAUUGCUCCAACAGGUUAAAAAAAUGUGAAAUGUAAUAAAAAAAUCAGCUACACAAGGACUGACAGCCAACUCGGGCUCCACAACACUGCAGGUUUCUUGUGCUAAACUCUUUCGCUAUAAAGAUUGGUGUGGUAUGUUAAUAGGAAGGACAGAAUGUAAGAUAUCUCAGAGAAAGGAAAAAAGCAAGAGAAGAUUUAAGGAGGAGAUAGAGGAACUCAGUGAAUAUAAAGCCAACACCUGUAAGUAAAAUUUAGCUACUUGCUGAGAUAUACAAAUCAGAUUAAAGGGACUGUUUAAUGACAUUAUUACAACUUUAAUCAUACUAAGAGAUAUGUAAGCACUUUUUAGCCCUUCUAACCGAAAUUUGACUUAUUUGCAUAUUUAAAAUGGACUAAAAUGUUCCUAGCAACAAAGGCUGGAGGAAAUCAUAUGCAAAUUAUUAUAACCCUUAAGAGGUUAAAUUCGUAUCAUCCAGAUAUUAAAGAUAUAUAUUUUUUCCCAUGUGAAGGGAAAUAAGAAGUAAGAGAAUAAUACUUAAUAAUAACAAACGGAAUAUUUAUGUUCAAUAAUAAAGGUAAAGGCAACUUGACAACUGCAAUAAUACAGAUUUUAUCAAAUUGAAGCAGGAUAUCUUCCGUACAUAUGGCUCCUCUGCCUCUAGAUAACGCUGAACUUUCCACUCACCAAAUAUCAAAUUUAUCAGAAGAUGAUUUUCCACAUUUGCCAAAACCAGUACAGGGAAUUUCACAGCAAGUACUAACUCAAAUGCUGGACAACUUAUAUAUAAAAAUUAAAAAAAAGACAUUGAACACAAUACAGAUGACCUCAGAUUAGAAGUUGACGUUCUUUCUGAGAAGAUCUCAAGUCAAGCAAUUAUACUACUGAAAAUCCAAGAUGAUUAUGAACAUAUUAAAUCAUCCAAUAUAAAACUAGAGAAGAAAAUACAAGAUAUUGAGAAUAAAAUCACAAACCUAGAAGACCGUUCUAGGAGAAAUAAUAUAAGAAUUAGAGGUAUACCAGAAUCAAUAACACAAGAAGAUUUACAUUUCUAUCUGGAUAGCUUCUUUUCAAAUAUUUUGUCCCCACAGACUUUGGGUCUGGAACCUUUUGAAAGAUUUUCAAAUUAAAAAUCAAAUUAUGCAGACAGCAAGGAACAAGAUCCUGGACACUGAAGAAUUUUGGCAUUUAAAACUCUUCCAGGACUUAUCACAGAAGACAAGACAAGCAAGAAGAAUUUUCUCAGAAGAGACGGCAAUCCUUAGGAAGAUGGAGAUACGUUAUAAGUGGCUGUUUCCGAUGGCAAUAAUGGUCUUUUUUAAAGAUCAAACAUAUCUUUAGAGACAACAUGGCACUUAAAGAGAAAAUGACAACUUGGAAGUUUACGUCAAAUUGAACUUUUUCCCCUCCCAUUCCUAUCUUACUCUAUAUCAAUAUAUGAAAAGGGUAUUGAGCAUGGUUUAAGGAAAUUAGAGAACACUCAGAUUUGUUGAAAAUAAUUAUACACUAGAGUUUUUGAGCAAGUUUAGUAAAAGAGUAGAGAGGAAAGAGAAAGGGAAGAGAAUAGAAGGAAACAUUUUGAUACACAUAAUAAUGGCUUAUAUAAAUUGUGGGGAAUGAGAAGGAGGGGUUAAAAGCAGUAAAACGAACACAUAUGUGGGGCUAAAUUUUCCUUAUUUAGUCGCAUUUAAAAAAGGAAAACUAAAGGGUGGAUGUCAGUAGAAAAAGAGUAAAAUAAUUACACAAUUUUAAAAUUUGGUUGACUUACACAAAACAGCUAAGAAUAUAUAGUUCACUCAAAUAAACAGGAUAACUGAAGUCACAUUACUAGGAAAACAAUGGGAAUAUUGAUAGAGAGGAGAGAAUGGGAAUGGGAUAAUAGCUACUAAUUUGAAGGUGUGUUGCGGGGCUGAAAUUGUAUUAUUGAGUAUUAGCAUUGCUGCGUCUUUGAUUAAAAGGAUACAUAGGUUUAGAUUAUAGAAUAUACUUAGCUCAUUUGCCUGGUCUGGGGUCCUGCGAUGGCAGCAGGAUUAUGUAUGAAAACUUUAUUCAGAAGUUCUUCGUACAAUGGAAUGAAUGUACAAUUAGAAUGUUUGAUGUGGAGCGUUCUCAAGAGACCAGAAAUGAUAUGGCCGAAUGAAAACAGUAGGAGUGGAUUUGUGUGUUGGUUGUUAUGUGAGAGGUGGUUAGAGGGGAGAAAGGGGUGGGGGUGGGGGUUGUGGCAAGAUGUCACUUAAUAUAUUAUUUAUUAACGCAAGGGGUUUAGACUCAGGACAGAAAAGAGGUUAUUUAUGCAAACUAUUAAUUGAUAGUAAAACUGAUAUUGGUUUCGUUCAGGAAACACAUUGGAUAAACUCUAUAUCUAAGCUAUGUAAAUAUAAAAAAAAUCCCAGUGAUACAUAGCUCUAAUUUAAUUGGAAAAAACAAGAAAAGAGGGGUAGCAAUAGUUUUUUCAAGUAGAUUGAAAUAUGAGCUUGUUCAUGAGGAGAUCGAACUUGGGGGCAGGUUUUUAAUAGUCAUAGCUCAAAUAAAUGACAUACUGUACACCUUGGUAAAUGUAGAUGCUCCAAAUCAACUCCCACAUAGAUUUUUGGGUAGUUUAAUACAAAAGGUUGAUCGUGUGUCGUCUGGUAGUCUGAUCCUCGGUGGUGACUUUAAUUGCAUUAUAGACACUAAGGUGGACAGGAAUAGAAACGAGUCCUUCAUAAACGCUGAAAAAAUAGGAUCAUCAAUGAUGCAGACCCUUUUAGCUAAAAAUCGUCUGUAUGACUGUUGGAGAAUACAACAUUCAGAAGAGCGUGAUUAUACGUUCUUUUCAAAUGUUCAUCAGUCAUAUACUCGAAUUGAUUAUAUUUUGGUUAGGGCUGACACAUUGGAGCGAGUUAUUAAGACUGCAAUUGGACCUAUAUCAUGGUCAGACCACGCACCAGUCUUUUUAGAAAUUAAAAAUAAUACUGAAUAUAAAUGUAGAGAUAGGUGGAGAUUAAACAAAACCCUAUUAAAAUCUGAAAUUAAUGUGGAAGAAUUGCGCACCCAGGCCAGAGAUUUUUUUGAGAAUAAUGAUACAGGGGAUGUUUCUAUUACUAUGUUAUGGUGUACUUUUAAAUCAUACAUGAGAGGAUGUCUUAUAAAAUUGGGUGCUAACAUAAAAAAACAGAAAGGAAGAGAGCUGAAUGAGCCUAAUAUAGAUCUGUCAAAAUUGGAGAGACUCCAUAAGAUUACUUUAGAUUAUAGGGUUUUGGAGGAUGUUGAGGAGAUUAGAAAAAAAAUCUUGGUAAGAACUCAAGAGAAAAUAAACAGAGCAAUGUUAAUAUUAACCCCUUAAAACCGCAGGACGUACAAUUACGCCCUCUAAUAGGCGGCUCUAAACGCCGCCGGGCGUAAUUGUACGCCCUCCGGUUUUUGUUAACUUACCCGGUCGCCGGCGGUCCCACGCCGGCGAUCGCGGUGGGGGGGACUCCCAGGGAGCCCCCCGCGGCACAUCCGUCCUCGUUGAAGCCCCCCGGCCAUGUGAGAGUGGGGUCCUAGCAGGACCCCACAAUCACAUGGCCGGGUAUAGCUGGCUUCUGUAUUGCCGGCAGGGGGGCUGCCUGUAAUUACAGGUGGUCCCCCUGCUGGCUGAAAAUAAAAUAAAAAUAAGUUAAUGGUGUAAAAAUAAAUAAUUAUAUAUACUUAGAUCAUAUGUAUAUAUUAUAUAUAUAUGAUCUAAGUAUAUAUAUACACAUAUACAUACACACACAUACACCGUCUAGGUGUAUUUUACUAUUAAUAUAUAUAUAAUUAUAUAUAUAUAUUAAUAUCAAAUUACACGUAGACUGAUACUGAUUAAAUAUAUAUAUAAUUAUUGUUACAUAUAUAUUUAUAUAUAAUAUAAAAAAAAUAAAAAUGUAAAUACGUUAAAAAAUAAAAUUAAAAAAAUAAUUAAAAAUAAAUAAUUAAAAAUAUAUAGAUGUGUGUUAUUUCGUUCUAACUGUUUUGUGAAAUUAAUAUAUAUAUAUAUAUCAAAAUACACGUAGAACGAAAUAAUAUAUCUAUAUACAUAAAUAUAUACGUAUAUAUCACUAUAUAUAUACCUAUAUAUAAAUAAAAAUAUUUUAAAAAAUUAUAUAGAUAUAUACAUAUAUAUACACAUACGUAUAUAUAUACAUAUAUUAAUUCUACAUAUAUAUUUAUGUAAUAUUUUUACAUAAUUAGGUAUCUUAAUUAAUUACAAUUAGCGGGACCUGCCUGACAACCCAUGCCGAAAGUAAAGGGAAUUUAAUUUGCUAGCACUAUAUUUAACCCUAUAACUUUCCAGACACCAUAAAACCUGUACAUGGGGGGUACUGUUCUACUCGGGAGACUUCGCUGAACACAAAUAUUAGUGUUUCAAAACAGUAAAAUGUAUUACAACGAUGAUAUCGCCAGUAAAAGUGAAGUUUUUUGCAUUUUUCACGCACAAACAGCAUUACACGGACAAUAUUAUUGCUGUGAUACUUUUUAAUGUUUUGAAACACAAAUAUUUGUGUUCAGCGAAGUCUCCCGAGUACAACAGUACCCCUCAUGUACAGGUUUUAUGGUGUUUUCAAAAGUUACAGCGUCAAAUAUAAGGCUUAUGUUUCAUUUUUUUCACAUUAAAAUUCGCCAGAUUGGUUACGUUGCCUUUGAGACCCUAUGGUAGCCUAAGAAUGAAAAUUACCCCUAUGAUGGCAUACCAUUUGCAAUAGUAGACAACCCAAGGUAUUGCAAAUGGGGUAUGUUCAGUCUUUUUUAGUAGCCACUUAGUCACAAACACUGGCCAAAAUUGGCGCUUUUUGCAUUUUUCACACACAAACAAAUACUAACGCUAACUUUGGCCAGUGUUUGUGACCAAAUGGCUACUAAAAAAGACUGGACAUACCCCAUUUGCAAUACCUUGGGUUGUCUACUAUUGCAAAUGGUAUGCCAUUAUGGGUGUAAAUUUCAUUCCCGGGCUACUAUACAGUCUCAAAGGCAACGUAACCAAUCUGAAGAAUUUCAAUUUCAAAUGUAACGUGCUAUAUUUGACCCUGUAACUUCCUAAAACGCCAUAAAACCUGUACAUAGGGGGUACUGUCUUACACGUGAGACUUUACUAAAUACAAAUAUGUGUAUUUUAUUGCAGUAAAAUCAAACAGUAUUAUGACACUGACCUUUAAAAUGCAAUUUAGAACUAAAAAAAUCAAAAAAAUUCUUAUUUUCUCCCAUUUUUUUCAUAUUAAAUUAUGUUUCAUAGCUAAAUAUUUGAUAUUAAAUGAAAGCCCUGUUUCCCCUGAAUAAAAUGAUAUAUAAUAAGGGUGGGUGCAUUUACUAUGAAAGAGGUGAAUUACGGUUGGACAGACAUGUAGCGCAAAUGCCAGGUUUUGUUUACAUUUUGUUUUGUUCACAAUGUGUACAUUUGGCUCCGUCCUUAAGGGGUUAAAGCAGGGAUGGUAUUAUGGAAACAAUAAAACAGGAAGAAAUAUUUCAAAUUAAUUAAAAAACAAGGAUAAAUCUCAAUCCAUAAAAAAAUAUUAUAGUUGGAAAUAAAAAACUUUUUUCACCAACUCAAAUAGCCAAAGCAUUCGAAGAAUAUUAUAAAAGUUUGCCUUCUAACUGGGAAAUACAGCAGUUUUUGGAUAAAUUAAAUUUGCCAAAAAUACCCAUUGAAAAAUCAAUUCAGCUAAAUAGUCCUUUUUCUAUACAGGAGAUUGAUGUUACGAGACCAAUCUCGCCACAUUGCAUUGGAGAAGCCUGGUUGCUCGCCUGUUGCCUUUGGAUUAUGGCCCCAUGUUAAAAGGCUUGAUUUUCCCCUGAAAAGACAUGAAAGCCGGGUCAUUUGGUGCUUGCCCUGUUUGAGCAGUAAUACCCCAGAUAGCUAUGCCAUGGAGCCCAUUCGUAUAAUGAAAGACUAUGGGAAAGACUUCAUGGCAAUUGAACUGUAUAUGUGUGCUCUGAGCGCCAUUCAGUAAUAAUGUGCGCUGGGUUCUGAGCUAUCUGGGGAUAUGUUGAAUGUACCUGUUUUGUGCACUGGCUGCACAGUUAUAUGUUUUUAUGUGUUUUAUUGUCUUUUGCUGCCAUGUGUUCAAUGGAGUUUUGCCUCUGUCAUUGGAGAUAAUUGGAUUACUUCUCAAUUAUCUCCAGGAUAGAAGACUCUGUGGAACUGGUUUUGGGCAGAAAAGCAAUUUUUCCUGUGGUCACAAAGGACUACGAUCUAUCUUUUGAAUCACUGGACCAAUUUGUAUGAUUUUGACGUAUGUUUGUAUUUUGGGUAUGCUGAUUAUGAAAAUGUAAGUUAUAUGUGAAUGUGAUGCAUACUUUUCAAGUUAUGAAUAAUGUGGAAAAAUUGUAUUUCUCUGCUUGUUAUAAUUACAUUACCCAUUGUGUAAAGUAAUUGAAUCACAGGCAGAGGGGAGGAUUUUGUGUGGGAGUGUCUGAGUGUAUUGUAUGUGUUUAUUGGUUGUGUUCCAAAACCCUGUGGGUGGUACUAAUGUGUAUAUAAGAACAAUAAACCCACAGCUCUGUCUGUUCACCGCUUGACCCUCAACACGGAGCUUUGUCUCAUUCUUGGGGGAAUUUAUUGUAUGCUGUUCCAGUUCGACUGCUAGGAGUGUAAACCUAUUCAGAUGGUUUUUCCUAUUCGGCUGCUUACGGCAUUCAUAUGGUUUCCUGUUCGGCGGAUUGGUGUUCUGCAGUAGCUGUGCCUGUGUCUCUGGAGGGGAAGAUCUACUAAACGGCGGUUUAACCCUUUUAUGCUGAGGGUGCCGUUACAAUUAGUAAUACCAUUAGAGCACUAAAAGUGGGCAAGGCCCCAGGUCCAGAUGGUUUUUCAUUGACUUUUUAUAAGAAAUUAAAUGGAAUUAUUUCUCCAUAUAUGUUGAGGACAUUUAAUUAAUUUGCUACUCAUAAAGUAAUUCCAUCAGAAAUGCUUCAGGCCUCCAUAAUGCCAAUCCCAAAACCAGAUAAAGACCCAGCAUAUACUUUAAAUUAUAGUCCAGUUUCUCUCAUUAACUUAGACAUUAAAUUGUAUUCUAGAAUUUUGGCCGAUAGACUUAAAGGAAUUAUACCAGAUAUUGUGCAUUUAGAUCAGAGCGGGUUUGUGGAGGGCAGGGGUACGCCCAACAAUAUUAGGAAAUUAAUGAAUGUCUUAUAUCACGCAAGUCAAAGUCCGUCUCCUUUUGUCUUGGUCACCCUCGAUGCCGAGAAGGCCUUUGACCGUUUUAGCUGGAAAUAUCUGGAAGAGGUUCUGAGGGCCUUUGGCAUAGGUGGUGUUUUUAAGUAAUGUAUAAUGGCAUUAUAUAAGGAUCCCCAAGCUAGGGUCUCUGGAUUUAUGUUUCAAUCAGAAUGGUUCCCAAUUAGAAAUGGGACGCGACAAGGUUGCCCCUUGGUACCUCUGCUAUAUAUCCUUUCUAUAGAGCCUUUGGCAGCAGCCAUUAGACAGAGUGAGGAUAUUAGUGGGUUAAAGGUGAACACUUUGGAGAAUAAAAUAACACUCUAUGCAGAUGAUGUUCUCCUGUCUCUCACGGACCUUAUUAGAUCUAUUCCUGCAGUAUUCUGUCUGAUUAAGGAAUACAGUAAAUUUUCUGGCUAUAAAGUAAAUAUAAAAAAACACAAAUUCUGAUAAAGGGACUAACUGGGCCUAGGGAAAAUGCUUAAGGAGGAAUUUAAGUGUGACUGGGAGGCUAGGAGUAUAAAAUACCUAGGGGUGAAUCUUUCUUUGGACUAUAGUGAAAUCCGUAAACUUAACUAUUUAUAAAUAGCUACUCAAUUUAGGAGAAUUCUUAAAACAUGGAGGGGUGUAGAAUUAUCAUGGAUGGGAAUAAUUGAGUCAGUUAACUCCUAUUUACUUCCCAAAUUGACAUUUUUAUUUAGGAAUCUCCCGUUGAUGGUGGAUUCCCAGAUGAUAUGCGGUCUUCAAAAACAGAUUUUUCAGAUUAUAUCUGGCAGGAUAGGCGACCCAGAGUGUCACUGGAAAUCUUACAGAGAGAUUGGAGGGAGGGGGGAGUUUCCUUUCCAGAUGUUCAAAAAUUAUAUAUGAUUAACACGACAGUACAUCUAGUUAUGUGUGAUAAUUUUACAACCUCAAGACCAACUUCGCUAGAUAUUGAAAAAGUUGAUCUUAGUAAUUUCGAACCUCUAUUUCUUAUAUGGUCCUAUAGUGAGUUGGUAAAAAGCAUAAAAUCUAACAAUCCCAUGAAUAAUACAAUGAUUUAUGUAGUAAAAUAUCUAAAGAAAAAAUAUGGUACCAAAUACAUAUCAAGAAGUGCCCCACUAGUAUGUUUAAAAUUUUAUAUAAAAGACAUAAAUAUUCGAGAAUGGGAAAAGUGCGGAAUUGUAAAUUUUGCGGAGUUAUUAAAGGGAAAUCAAAUCUUACUAUUUUCAACGUUACAGCUUAAAUUCAAUCAUCCUUCUAAAGAACUAUUUAACUAACUAAGAAUAAAAUCAUUUAUUUUAAAUAAAUAAUUUUUGGAAAAAACCCCAAUUGAUGAAUUUAUAGCAUUUCACUAUAGGAAAAAAAAUUGCUUCCAGAUUUAAUCAUUUUAUGAAAAAUCAAAGGCAAAUAGAUAAAGCGUCAGCACUGAUAAAAUUGGAGCAAGAAUUUCCAAUCUCUUUUUCGCUCGAAGAGUGGUUAUCGGGCUUACACUUAGUGAAAAGGCAUAUACAUGGGGUAAAUUUACGGGAAGUGUACUUUAAACUUGUUUACUGAUAGUACUUAGUGUCCACUCGUCUUCACAAAUUUCAUCCUACACUCCUUACAGAUUGUUGGAGAUGUGGCAGGACAUUAGGCUCAUUCCCCCACAUAUGGUGGGAUUGUGAUGAGCUGAAUCCUAUGAAAUUAAUUCUAUUUGAGCUAGUAAAUUUGAUUCUUAAGGCACAAACUGAUAUAACUGCCAAAAUGUUUUUGUUUCAUUUCGACAUGCCAAGGGUUAAUACAAAAUGUAAAAUUCUUAUGAUUCACAUUUUUAUGGCAAGUAAAAUAGUUAUGGCCAGGAACUGGAGAAACAUAGGUCCCUUAAAUUGGUAUGACAUUCGCACACAAGUGGAUUUCCAAUAUAGGAAAGCAGUCAUAGCAUUAGAUAGAGUACCCAAAGAGAAAUAUGAUGAAAUUUUGGGCCCCUUGGGUUAGUUUUUUUAAGAUCAAAAGAUUAAAUCCCAUACCCCCACUAAAUCCCCUCUUUCUGUUAGGUAAGUUAGUAUUUUUUGUAUGAGUAUGAAAGAGGUCAACUUGUCUAUCUUUUUGACCUGAACACAUUUAUUGUAUAAAAUGAAAAAACUUGGUUUUAGAUAUGUUAAAUAUGAUAUGUAGUGAUGUCCCGAACGGUUCGCCGAACAGUUCACGAAUGGUUCACCACAGUUCGCCACGAAUGGUUCUCCGCUGACUCCAGUCAGCAGACACAUUCCAGCCAAUCAGCAGCAGACCCUCCCUCCCAGACCCUCUCACCUCCUGGACAUCUGCUGCUGAUUGGCUGGUAUGUGUCUGCUGACUGGAGUCCACGGCGAACCUUUCGUGGCGAACCAUGGUGAACCGUUCGGUGAACCCUUCGGGACAUCACUAAUGAUAUGUAUAAACAGUAAAUAUAGCAAUAUAGUAAUCUAUUCUGAAAGUAUUUGGAUGUAAUUUAAGUGAAAAAUAAAGAUAUAUAAAAAAAAAGGGCUAAUAAAAGACAUAUGAUCUCUUAGAUGAUCAUCAGAAGAGCAGAAAUUAAAGGAGUUCUAUCCAUUUCAGAUGUACAUAUUGUAUGACUGCACACUUUUUAGCUUGGGACAAAACUAAUAAAUCUAAUCCUGCUUGGAAGAGCAGGGAUCUACAGUUACAUAGUUACAUUGUUACAUAGCUGAAAAGAGACUUACGUCCAUCAAGUUCAGCCUUCCUCACAUUUGUUUUUUGCUGUUGAUCCAAAAGAAGGCAAAAAAAACCAGUUUGAAACACAAUUUUGCAACAAGCAAUGGGUACGCAUAAUACGAUCAAGCAUUAGUAACCCCUAGUACAUUACAGAAUGCCUUAUCUAGAUGUUUGUCAGGGUGUAUACAAAUGUAACAUUUCCAUGAAACAAUGAUGGAACAAAAUUAUAACAUAAAUUAUAACUAAAAUAUACUAAAUGGAGCUAGGUGACUGAUGUAGAUAUAUAUAAUCCACCAAGUAUGUUGUAUGUAGACAUAUAGUGCAACAUUUAAAAAUAAAAAGCAUGAAAACUGGUACGAAUAAAAUAAUUUGUCAUUAGGGAGAGGAUUGCCCUGGGGACACCUGUCCACCACCCCAUAUGUUUUGCAAGUAAGUCACUCAUGACUGCCAAAUCCUAAAGUGGCAGUAAGUGUUCUGGGAGUAAUCUAUAGGCUCUUCCAUAUGGGUAAUGUCCUCCACUCUAACCUGCUAUUCAGCCAGAAAUUGGGCAUGGGUCAAUUUUCAGUUUAGCAUUAAUAAAAUCUGCUAUUAAUACAUUGGGUAGACAAGAGUUGUGAAUCUUAGAGAGUAACAUGAAGGUAUGAAGUAGUUAGUUAUAGAGCAGAUCAUGGGAAGUAUACAACUUCAGAAACAUGCAGUCUUCCUCUGUCCACACCACAUCUUCAGGAAGUGUCAGAUAUACCUACCUGGGUAAUUUUAAAGGAGAACAGUACCAAAGUGAAAGGAGUUUUAAAUUAGCUUCAUGAAAUUUUGUGAGCUUAAAAACCUUCUGCCACUGUUGUUCAGGUAAUUGUAUCUGCAAAUACUCCUCCUACCUCUUGGUGGAAGCAGGUAAAGAGGCCACUUAGAACUAUUCAAAUCCCUGUAUGUCAAAGAGAGAACUCAUUUCUGGAGUUUUUGGGAGAUACAGGUGUACUUUAAAUAAUUAGAAUUUCUGGUUGCACAGUCGUGCUGUAUAUAAAAACGGGUUGUAACAUAAACUCUUUCUUUUUCUGCACUUUUAUCACUUCAAUACAUAAUGUUUUAGUCUAUUAUGUGGCACUUCCCUUAGAUUAGUUGUGUAACACUGACCAUUAUGGCCUUUUUCUUUUUUUAAUAGUUGAAUUAUGUGCUUGUAUUAUAUUCUUUGCACAGUAUUUCCAUGAUUUCUAUAUGUUUGUAUUUGAAUUUCCUCUAAAUGUAAGAAUACUACAUUUUGUCAUUCCGUACACUGAUUAUUUCCACAAUAUAUAGUUACACAGUUACAUAGUUACAUAGCUGAAAAGAGACUUGCGUCCAUCAAGUUCAGCCUUCCUCACAUUUGUUUUUUGCUGUUGAUCCAAAAGAAGGCAAAAAAAACCAGUUUGAAACACAAUUUUGCAACAAGCUAGGAAAAAAAAUCCUUUUUGACCCCAGAAUGGCAGUCUGAUUUGUCCUUGGAUCAAGCAGUUAUUACCCUAUGUUGAAAGAUUAUGUCCUUGAAUAUUCUGUUUUUGCAGGUAUGCAUCUAGUAGCUGUUUGAACAUCUGUAUGGACUCUGAUAAAACCACUUCUUCAGGCAGAGAAUUCCACAUCCUAAUUGUUCUUACAGUAAAAAAACCUUUCCUUUGCCUUAGACAAAAUUUUCUUUCUUCCAGUCUAAAUGCAUGGCCUCGUGUCCUAUGUAAAGUCCGGUUUGUGAUUAGAUUUCCACACAAUGGUUUGUAUUGGCCCCGAAUAUAUUUGUAUAAUGUUAUCAUAUUCCCUCUCAGGCAACAUUUUUCUAAGCUAAAUAGGUUUAAAUUUGUUAACCUUUCUUCAUAGCUGAUAUGUUCCAUUCCUUUUAUUAAUUUUGUAGCCCGCCUCCGCACUUUUUCUAGUGCCAUAAUAUCCUUCUUUAGAACAGGUGCCCAAAAUUGCACAGCAUAUUCAAUAUGGGGUCUUACCAGUGAUUUAUAAAGAGGCAAAAUGAUAUUCUCGUCCUGAGAAUGAAUGCCCUUUUUCAUGCAUGACAAUACCUUACUGGACUUGGCCACUGCUGAUUGACAUUGUUGCAUAGCUUGUUGUCUAUAACAAUUCCCAAGUCCUUUUCGUGUGUUGUUAUCCCUAAUUCGCUUCUAUUAAAGGACCACUAUAGUGCCAGGAAAACAUACUCGUUUUCCUGGCACUAUAGUGCCCUGAGGGUUCCCCCACCCUCAGGGACCCCCUCCCGCCUGGCUCUGGAAGGGGGAAAGGUGUUUAAACUUACCUUUUUCCAGCGCUGGGCGGGGAGCUCUCCUCCUUCUCUCCUCCGAUCCUCCUCCUGGGCUGAAUGCGCACGCGCGGCAAGCGCUGCACGCGCAUUCAGCCGGUCGCAUAGGAAACAUUUAUAAUGAAUUAAAACGAGAUUCCUGAACUCCUGAACCAAUCUAGUUUUUGGAUAUGUUGUGACUUUUUAGAUAUGUUUUUCUCCCAGAUCGGGGCUGUCAGGGGAUAUAACUUUUAGUGUUUUUUUGGUGUGCUGUAAGGGUAUUUUUAAUAUGUUAUAAAAAUGUGUUUUUGUGUCUGGAGAUAAUUGAGUUAAUACAGUGCUUGAUUCAAUUAUCUCCUAAGCAUAGUGGAGGGACUGUAUAAUUGUGUUUGGGAGUGUCCUGGACCUGGGGGCUGAUGUCAUUGGUUUGUGUAAAUUUGUUGCAGGCUACCAUCAGGUCCAGGGGGGAGUGCCCCUUGCAUGGGGACUUGCAUAAAAGGCCAGUUGUGGCUACCAAUAAAUGAGUUCCUGCCUACCCUAAACAUAGAGUCUCAUCUCAUGUGUGGGGGGAACAGCUGUAUCUGCUCUGGGGAUUGCUAUAUCACAAUAUUCCCCUGGGUUAUAAUCACUAGCUCUUAUAAGAGCUGUUCCUGCUAUACUCUCUGGAGUAGGAGAGGUUCACCCACUGGAAGCUGGGUCCUGGUCUUGGGUCCAGGGUGGGUGGAGGAUGGUGAGUUUCCAGCCAAGUAUUAAUACUGGAUGUGGGGACUACAGUGCUG